AUGUCAGACGACCGCGAUUCACCGCCACCAAGCGGACUACGAAACCGCGUAAGCUUUUUCGAGAGAGUGUGGAAAGGGAGAGGCAGCAGAGACAAUGUAGACUCUACAGCUAAUGUAGAGGAGAUAGAGCGUCGCCUAGAGCAGCGCAAACGGCGACCGGAGUCGCCGAAAAUCGACGUCAAACUCAAACAAACCUGCGACACCGAGUCGCCGACGAAGAGCCAAGAGACAACCUUACAGAAUGUGAAGCUGAGGCACGUGGAGCCCGUGGAGGAGAUCGAGAGGAUCGAGAGGCAGAUCGAGGAGGGCGAUCUCGCCUCCGGUGUCCACUUCGUCAAGUUCGAACGGGUGUCCUUGAAGCGGGCGGUCGAGACUCGAAGUGAAGACCGGCCGGAUUCCCCUCAGCACGAGUGGUACUCCGAAUAUAAGCAACAAGCGCUGCAAACUGCGCCGAGAAAGGAGUAUCUACGCAGUAAAUCUGAAUAUGACUCGCAUAUUGCCGAAAUAAGAGAUGAACAAGAAAGAGUACAAAAGAAGACUUUCGUCAACUGGAUUAAUUCACAUUUGUCAAAGCGCAUCCCGCCACUGCGUAUCGACGACCUGAUCUAUGACCUACGCGAUGGCACCAAGCUGCUGGCGCUGCUUGAAGUGCUGUCAGGCGAGAAGCUGCCCAUGGAACGGGGACGGGUGCUCCGCAGACCGCACUUCCUCUCCAACGCGAACACCGCGCUCCGGUUCCUCGCCGGCAAGCGCAUCAAGCUGGUGAACAUCAACGCUGCCGAUUUAGUGGACGGCAGACCCGCCGUCGUCCUCGGUCUCAUCUGGACCAUUAUCCUGUACUUCCAGAUCGAGGAGAACAGCCGAGCUCUCGAGUACCUCGGAGGUUCGAGAUGCGCUUCAGUCAUGUCCCAGGAGUCAGGGGCCGCCACGCCCACGCACAGAGCCGAAGACAGAUGGAAGCAAGGCGCCAAGAAGACGCUACUGCAAUGGGUGGCAAACGCAUUACCUAAGGACGCCAACAUUCAAGUGACAGACUUCGGCCCGUCGUGGCGCGACGGUGUGGCAUUCCUCGCCAUAAUUGACGCGAUCAAAGCUAACCUGAUCAACUUGGCCGAGAUGAAGAGGAAGACCAACAGACAGCGUUUAGAACACGCCUUCGACGUGGCGGAGACUGAACUUGGCAUCGCUCGGCUCUUGGACGCCGAGGAUGUGGAUGUGGACAAACCUGAUGAAAGAUCGAUUAUGACUUACGUUGCUCAGUUCCUGCACAAAUAUCCGGAACCAAAGACAACAGGACCGGAUGCCGUCGCGGCUGUCCAGGAGGAAUACGAAUCGCUUAGGAUGUGGCUGACGGAACGCGUCUCUGUAGUCCAGAGACAAUAUGACACGCGGACCCUAUCACGGAACUACGAGGACUAUGUCCGCGCCGAAAACGAGCGGCUCGCUAGAGAGCCAAUAUAUCAAAAACUCGAGAAGCUCAUGUAUACGCAGAGCUUAGUGGCCAUAGCACCAAAAUCGUGGCGAGAGCUUGUGUCUCUCUGGAUCGAACUGGAGAGACUUCACAGGAGAUGGCUGUGGCUUUUGGACUCAGAACUGCCCGGCGAUUUCAGAAUGGUCGGCGAAUGGUUAGCGAGGGCCGAAUACCUUUUAUACUUCGACGAAAUCCCGAACAAUUUCGAUGAGCGGACUGCCGCCUUAAUUAGCGAGAAAUUAGAAGAGCACACAUCUUUCUUCGCCGACCUUCCUAAUGUCGCCGACAGGUUCGAAGCGGCAUUACGAUCACCUGAUGCUAAUAGAAUCCCUGGCGAAAGGUUGCAAGAAAUGAAGGAGCGUUUAGAGACUGUUAGUCGAAGGGCUCCUCAGAGAAAAGCUAGAUUAAAAUAUUUAGAACACAAAUGUUGUAUCGUGGCUUUCACAGAACUGACUAAAGCGAAGUUAGCCACUUGGACCGCGAAAUGCGGUAGAGUAGAACACGUUCGUGCCUUAUUAGAUGACUACGAUAAUUUCGUAACUAAAAACAAGAUUUUCCAAGAAUUUGAUAAAGCGUAUGUUGAUAUUAAGCAAGUAGCAGAAGAAUAUAAGAGAGUAUGUGAAGUAGAUAGAACUGAAGCGAGAGAAAUCGAUUCGUUCCUAAGAGAAGUUUCGGAGACUUGGCGAAGAGUGGCCUCUGAUGUUAGGUGCGCGCGAAGUGUCCUUGAAGAAGUCAUUGCUCAUUGGGAGAGAUGGACGACGCUGAUUGAUCAGUUUACUACUUGGCUGGACAAAGCACAACAUAUGUUAAGAGUAUCUGAAGACGAAGGUUUAGAGUUCUUCCACGACCUUACCGUUUGGAAAGAGAAACAUCAGCUUUUGGGUGACGCAGCUGGAUUCUUAGCCGCCACGUGUUCUGAUGACAUAAGUUCCGAGAUCAAGAGAAAGUACGUGGAGAUCACAGAACGUUGGGAACGUGUUUGGGAAGAGGCCGAGCGGUAUGUACGUGGAGGAGACGCUCUCCGUCAUCGCCGCGAGUUGGCUUCUGGAAUUCAAACCCUAGACAACUGGCUAUCAACCGCGGAACACCUACUGUCAAAGCAACCGCGGGCAAACACCACGGACAUACAAAACUACAUCGAUCAGUUGUUGCAACUUAAUUCAGAAAUUGAACAUCAUGAAGAACUGUUCAAAACUAUUAGCAGAACCUUCCAAAACGCGAUCGCGGAUCUACCACGCGAUGAAGUUGAAUCCAAUAUGACUAAGCUGAAACAACAGAAAGAGAUGUUGGUUAGAGUUCGAGCCACUGUUCCUGUCAAGCUCCAUCAGUACAGACAGCUACUGGUACAGCACGAGUCGCUGGAAAGCGGACAGAAGGAAAUCGGGCAGUGGCUGGAUAAGGCCGACGAAUUAUUGAGAACCACUACUGAAACAAGGCGCGAGGUAAUUGAAGAACGCUAUGAAAUUCACCGUACAUUCUUUUCGCGCACUACCUACUACCGUUCAAUGUUGGAGAGCAAGAAUAAAGUCUUCCAGAACAUUGUCAAAGCAGCCGAUGCAGACCGCAGUGCCGAUGUUACAGACCAAGUGCGGUUAAUGAAAGAUUUAAACGAUAGAUUUGCACAUGUCUCUUCGGAAGCAAUGCGCCAUGAAUCAGAAUUGCAACGGCUUGUACGAGCCUGGGAUGAUUUUGAGACAAAGAAACGUGCUGUGGAAGAAUGGGCAUCGAGAGCAGAAGCUCUUUUAUCAGAUAACAGAGUAGAUUCAAAACAGGCUGUUGAUUUCCAUAAAAGGUUCUUCCAAGAAGCUGAUGAAAGGGCUGUUUCCGAGUUAGUGAGGUCUGGACGAGAGCUUAUUGAGCUAGUUAAUGCUGAAGACCGACCCCAUAUUGUUAAGACAGUCGAAGACUUACAACGUCGCUGGAAAGAACUAUUAGACUGUGCACCUCCUCAUCUUAUGCGUUUGGAGUUCCGCCUCGACGAGGCUGUCUUCCAUCACUGCAUCAAGGAUAUUGAAAAGGAACUUGUUUAUGAGGAACAGGCCUAUAAUCAAAGUGACGAUGCCGACGGCAUUCUUAUCAGAAAUGAGGAGUACUUCCGUAACCAAGGAAAGAUCAUGCAAGUGGAGCACUGCCUUCAGAAUUUAAAGAAAAUAUCUACAAGUUACACACAGCAGACUGGUGACAGGGCACUUGACGAAGCUGUCCGAAAAUGUGAACAGCAAUGGGAAUCCACGGUUCACAGAGUAGAACACUUCAGACAACAAUUACAGAGAAUCCCAGCCAAAUGGGAUGCCUACCGGGAAAAGUUCCGGGAGAUGGAGAAAUGGAUGGACCAUGUAGAUAGAACUAUGGACAGCAUAGUCAGAGAGGUUGACUCUGCUGAAGCUUUUGAAAGGGAAAAGACUAUAUUCCAAAAUAUUUGCCGUGAAGCCGAUAGAAAACGGGAGGACAUGAAAUGGUUAGUCCAAACAUUAGAUAUGUUAACACAUCAUUGUUCAGAAAUGGAAGCACAAGAUGAACAAAUAAAACUUGAAAACCUUAUUCAAAGGUAUAAAAACCUAAUCCCAACUAUUGAAAUCACAAUGAUUAAGACAGAAACAUAUACCAGAUGUUAUACAUAUAGGCGUGAAGUACAUGAGGUAAUAUGUAUAUUAGAAAGUGCAAAAGAACAAGCCAUGGUGGAGCCAGAACCUCAAUCCUUACAACAGGUCGAACAGUUGGUUCUUGAGCAACAAGCUGCUGUUCAAAAACUAGAUCGCCAUCGACCUUCUGUGAUGUCAAUGUUACAAAGAGGUAAGGAGCUCAUUAAGGACGCUAAUGCUCCCGCCUUUGUAAGAGAUGACGUCCGAAAUCUCGAAACUGGUUGGAAUACAGCAUAUGAGACUUCAACAGACCGUCUUCACAAGCUUCGUGAUACACAAAAGGUUUGGUCUAAUUAUGAAUACCAAAAGGAGGAAUUAUUGUCAGAUAUUGACAAAAUUGAGAGCUACGUAGCGCAUCCAGGCUUAGAAUUAGGAGUAACUAAUGUAAGCCGUGAGCUUCACGAGACUAAAGUAAUAAAUGAUGAUUUGGAAAGAGCUAAGAAAGAACGACUACCACAGCUACAGCAAGCUUAUGCUGAACUGCAAUCACUUACAGCCAAUAAGCCGAAACCUGUUAUUGAAAAAGACCUGCAAACUAUUGAAAAAAAAUUGGAUAAAGUUCAAGAUGAAGUUCAUACUAAAGUCGAGCAUUUAGAGAAAUUUAAUGAAGAGUGGGUAAAAAUCGAGCGUAAAUUGGAACAUGUACGCGAAUGGAUUAAGAAAGAAAGUCCGGCUUUAAUUUCUCAGAUACGGUCAGAGAAUAUCACACCUGAAGAGAGGGUUGAGAAAUCGCAAGGUUUGCAGAAAAUAGUUGCAGAAAAAUUGGACAUAAUUAAAAAUGUUGCAGAGCAAGGAACCAAGUUGGCUAUUGAACAUCGCGUACAUGACGCUAACAGGUUAAAAGGUGAAGUUGCAUUGUUAGAAAAAAUGAUGGCUGACCUUCAAAGAUCUGCAGAACAUCAGACCAAAGUUGUAGAACAUGAUCUUGCUAGUUGGCAAAAAUAUCAAAAAGGUGUUGCUGAAAUUAAACCCUGGAUUGAAGAUGCAGAAAUUAAAUUGGCCAAUGUUCCUAAACCGACAACAUUACCAGAAGCUCAGCAGUUACAACAGCACUCACGAGCUUUAAUCACUGACUGUGAAAAACAGUUGAUGAAUUUACAAAUUCUGUCCAGUGUCAGUCAUCAGUUAUCGGGAAAAACUAACGCUCCUGAUGAAGUAGAUGCUAUUCAUUCUAGAUGGGCAGUUGUUCAUGAUCAAGCUGAUCAAUGGAAUAACAAAUUAGAGAAGCUCAUUACUAAUUGGGAAAACUUUGAGCGAGAAGCAGAAAAGCUUGAAAGUUGGAUUGAAAGCGGUGAAAAGCUUCUAAGUAGUCGUAAUAUAACCGUCGAAUCACCACAAGUUGAGAAAUUAGAUAGAGAAUUAAAUAAACUCAAAUCAUUUGCCAAUGAAAUUUCACAGCAGCAGGCAAAGAUAAUUACGUUAUCUCAAACGUGUGAUAAUAUAUGUCAUAGUGUACAGCCAGAAGGUGGUACUCUAUUAAAGAAUAAGGUAUCCGACAUCAAGGAUCGAACAAACGCUCUCGCUGAGACUGUUCGGGCCAAAAUAAAUGAGCUGUCGGAUAAAAUAAUUGUCCGACAGGAAUUCAUGACUAAACUUCAUAACUUCGACAACUGGAUUAAUGACUUUAAAAGGAAGACUGAAAGCUUUGAUCAAAUUAGUGCAGAUAGAGUAGAACCCUCGUUACAAUCUAUGCAUGUUUUGCUUCAAGAACAUGCAGCUAAAGCUCCCGAGUUCGCUGAUAUUUACAAUGAGGUAAAAAAUAUGACGCUUACAUCACAUCCAGAUGAAUCGCGAACUUUAAGUGAUACUUACACAAACAUCGCUCAGCAUUAUCAGUUCCUUGAAUCAGAUAUUCAGCAAAAUAAGGCAAUGCUGAAAAAAUGGGCCGAUUUACUUAACUGGUUUGAAGAUACUAAACAACAACUAGCCCAUAUUCAAUAUCAAAUCGAUGGACCUAAACUUACACCUGAAAGUUAUGAAGUGUUACGCCAGGAGCUUGUUAAUAUUAUUACAAAGGUGCCUGAAUGGAAGAGUAACGUUGUUCUACUUGAUGGACCAUCCAAAAUCAAAGUGACUGAUCAAAACACUGGUAGAAUAAUUUCACCUACAAGCUUAGUUAAAGAAAUUGAAAUGAAGGCUGAGACUUCAUUAAAUCAAGUCACAACUAAAAGAGAUUUGGUUCAAAAGGUUGGUGCUAGAUGGGAUAAGUUUAACUUGCAACACAAAGCAGUGUCUGAAGUCUUACAUAACGUCCAGGCGGCUUUGAAUGAAAUGGCUCAAAAACCUGUACUACUGACUGAAGUUGCAAUUCAAGAUUUAUCAGAACGAUUAGAUCAGUUGGAUACGGAACUGAAAGACAAACAGUCCAUAAGGAAAGAACUACGAGAAGAGGGCUUACAUUUAAUGAGAGAAGAUCAACCUAACAUGGGAACAAUCCAGAAUUCACUAUCUGCAGCUGACAACAAUUGGGAUCAAGUAGUUAAUUCUGUUCGUGACACUAAAAAUAAAUAUAUUUUAUUAUCAUCUACAUUGCAAGAGUUGAAGAACUUUACUGUUGCGUUUGACCGAGAAUUAAAUAAAGCUCAACAACUACAUAAUGAAUGCAAAAAUGCUCCGAAUGAUUACGUGCAAACCGCCCAAGCAUUAGAUAAAGCCAGAAAAUCGUAUGAAAUUCUUAAAAGAUCCAAAGGUUUGUUAGAUCAAAUGGACGUCAUUAAGCAGUCUGUACUAAAACAAGCAUCAACAUUAGGAGGAUUCGACACGAGUCCUUUAGAAAAUGCAUUCUUAGAAUCUCAGACACUUUGGGAAAAAGAAAAUGAUGCGAUUAUUAAGAGAAUUCAAGAUUUGGAAUCCCAACUUCUAGUUUGGCGCCAGAUUGAUGACACGAAGAAUCAAAUAGUAACCUGGUUAAGUGAAACUGGGCAAAAUUUAUCGAAUGCCUGUGAUAAUUUGGAAAUAAGAUUCGGGCAAAACCACCUUUCAAAUUAUAAGGAAGAGUUGCCAAUAUACACUGGACUUAAGAACAGUAUAAAAGCUAAAUGUGAACAGAUUACAAACCUUAAUAAAAAUAUUCCCAUGGGACAAGUUUCUUCUAUAAUUGAAUAUCUAGAUAAAGAAUUUGAAGCGUUGCAAACGUUAGCUGAUAACUUAGAAAGCGCAGUGUCAUCUUUAGAGUCUAAAGAGAACAAAUUAAAAGAUAAUAUUAAACGUCUUUCUGAUGGUGUUAGUAAAAUCAGAGAUGAUAUUAUUAAAUGUGAUGAUAUGUCUGGAGAUAAUGCUAAGAUAUUAGAUCGCUUAAAGAAAUGUCAAGCUUGCAAAAAUGAGCUACAAAAUCUCAGUGAUGAGAUUGAUAACCUCUCUCAAAAUGUUUCUGAAAUGAACGCGAACUAUCCAGGAUUCUAUGAAUCAUUGGUUCCAAAAGAACUUAAUACAUUACAAAAAAGAUUUGAAAGUGUAACAGUACAUGCUAAUAAAACGGAGAUAACUCUUUUGACUUUCUUGCAAAAACUUUUUACCGAUAAGCUUAGUAUGUUUAAUAGAAAUUUGAAGAUUUUAGAUGAUAAGACAAGAUGGUGUGUACCAGAUGUGUCAAGUGAUAAAUAUAACUUAGAAGUCAAAGCUGCUGCUCUUGCCGAUGUUGAGAAUGGCAUCGCUGAUUGUAAUCAAAAGGUGAAGGAAUUAAAGGAGGCCUGUGAAAUACUCAGUGUUGUUGCUGAACCUGCAACUGCUCAAGAAGCAGCAGUCCAAACAGAGAAAGCCCAAAAGAAUCUAAAUGUUUUGACAGCAAACUAUGAAGAAAUAAAAAAUAGACUGCAAGAAAAUAUUGAAGCUUGGCAAGAAUAUGAAACAUUAUUAGAAAAUGUUUCAUUGUGGUUGAAAGAGAAAGAAAAUCAAAUAAGACAAGAAUCCGCUAAUCUACAUGAUAUGAAUGCAAUUAAAGAUAAAAUUACUGAAAUGGAAAAACUUAAUAACGAUAUUAAAAAUUACGGAGAGGAAGUUAAUAAACUAACAGCGAUUGGAGACAAAAUAUUGACCUGCAAUCCUGAAUCACGCGUACUGCAAUAUAUUAAUCACCUAGUAAGCAGAUAUCAAACUGUGAGUAAGUUUAUGGAUAACCAUCUAAAUAGACUAAAAGAUCUUCAGAACAAUAAAGGGACGUAUGACAAAUCAAUCAUGGAAUUUAAAAAUUGGCUUGAAGAUGCUAAUUCCAAGAUUGCAGACUUAGCUGCAAUGAGUAAACACGCUAAGCCAUCCGCCGCUGAUUUAGCACAAGUGAAAAAACUUAGCGAAAACAAAGAAAUGGGUCAAAAACUGUUAAAUAAUGCUAUUGAAUCUGGUGAAGCCUUAUUCAGUGGAAUUAAUCCAGAAGGACGUGAACAAGUGAGAAAUGAACUAAGAGCUUUAAGAGAUUAUUUUGAAGAUUCUGUCGAUUCAUUGAAUAACGUUAUUAAAGAUAUUGAAACAACUAUAAACAAAAGGUCUUCAUUUGAUGACACGUUUAACCAAGUGCAGAAAUGGAUAAGUGACAAGGAAAAAGAGUUAGGCGAUUUCAAGUUAUGCUCUACGUUACCUGAAAAGAAAGCGCAACUUCAUGCUAACAAGAUCUUACUUCAAGAAGUUGAAUUACAUGAAUCAAUGCUUUCACAAUUAACGGAGAAAAUUAAAUUAAUGCCAGAUGAAGAAGCGGAGAAAAGUCUUUCUAAAACCAUAGACCGAUAUAAAGAUAUGUCGAAGGAACUUGGUACAAGAAUAGCUGCUUGUGAGUCCCACGUUUCAGAUCAUGAAAAGUAUGUGCAGAUGUUUGAAGAAACUCGUGAUCGCCUCAAUCAUAUCGUUGCUGAAAAUAGUAUGUUAACUUACAGUGUUGUAACACAGAAGGACGAUGUUGACGCCAAAAUCUCUGCUAUAGAGAAGGUCACGUCUAAAACACAGAAUAUUAAGAAUAUUCUUGAUGAACUAAAAUCGCAAUUACACACUGUCUUAGAAAAUACAAGUGCGAAUGGACACCCUGUUCUUAUAAGUGAAUUUGAACAAUUAAGUACUACUUGGGACCAAUUUGCUAUGCAGUGUGCAGAACAAGAUAAAAAGUUGAAAGAGAUGUUGAAGCAGUGGAAUGAAAGUCAAAAAACUCUUGAUGAACUUGAAGAAUGGUUAAAAGUUAAGGAAAAUCAACUCAGAGAUCAAAGCCUUAAAAAUAAUCUUGAGGCUAAAAUAGCCCACUUGCGAAAAGUUAAAGAGAUACGAAGCGAGCUAGCUUCAAGAAACGCAGAUUUCGUUGCCCUCACAAGUAACAAACAACCUGUUUCGAGUGAGUCUGAACUUACUAACAAGACAUCUAAAUUGGCAACGCGUUACCAUACCUUAAACAACCUUGUAAAUGAAAUUAUAUCCAAGUAUGAAGUAUUUGUAUCUGAACACAGUGCUUUUGAAAAUGACUAUAAUGAUAUGGAAAACUGGUUGCUAGGUAUGCUUGGUGAGCUACAAGACCUUAAUGAAAUAGUUGGAGACUAUGCCAUUUUACAAGAGAAACAAAACAAAGCCAAAGAGCUUUAUGAAACCAGAAAUAAGAAAACCCCUGCUUUUGAAGAAUUUCUCAGUUUAGGAGAAAAGUUAUAUGCACACACUAGUCCCGAUGGUAGAGAAGUUAUACGUCAAAAGAUUCGAAAAAUCAGAACUUUAUGGGACAGUUUUGGUGAUAGUUUUCAAGAGACGGUCAAUAAACUGGACCAAUGUCUCUUACAAUUUUCUGAUUUUUCUUUGGCUCAAGAGCAACUUACUAAAUGGCUGAAAGAUGUUGAAAGAGCAAUGCAGCGUCAUACCGAGUUAAAAGCUUCUUUAGAAGAAAAGAAAGCGCAGCUACAAAACCACAAGUUAAUGCACCAAGAAAUAAUGACUCACCAGCAACUUGUCGAAUCUGUUUGUGAUAAAGCUCAGCAGCUUGUUGAUCAAACACACGAUGCAUCAUUGAAUGUAUACUUACAAUCAAUAAAGCAAUUGUUCCAGAACAUCGUAACUAAGUCCCAAAACUUACAGGAUAAUCUAGAAGACUGCGUAAAACGCCACGAAGAUUUAGUACGUCUUAUCCAACAGUUUAAGGAAUGGUUGGGUUCACAAUCAGAAAAAAUAUUGGAUUGUGAAAAUGCUACUGGUGAAAAACCUGAAAUUAUUAGAAAACUACAGACUGUCGGUUCUUUAAAGGACAUCGAAAAAAUUGGUUCUAGUAAAUUAGACGAAAUCAGAUCUAUUUUCUCCUUGGUCAGCAAAAGUACAUCUGAAGCUGGCAAUGCAGCCAUUAAAACAGAAAUAGAGAACUUAGUUGCACAGCUUCGCAACGCUAUUGACAACAUUGAAUCUUCGGAACAUAAGCUAAAAAGUACUUUAGAUAUUUGGAACAAAUUUGAUUCUUCAAUUGAAGCUAUCACUGAAUGGCUAAAAGACAUGGAAACCAAAUGCCGCGAUCAGGCACUAUGUUCAACAUUACAAGAAAAAGAGGCCCAGUUAAAGCGAUACGUUGAUCUUCGUAACGAUAUCCACGCAAAAGAGAAGGAAAUUGACUCCUUUGUUGAUGAAUCACAUAAUCUUAUACAAAUAAGUGGCGUAGAAAGACUAAAGCCUCUUGUAACACAAAUAAGCAGCCGCUACCAACAGCUGCAUGUUAUUUCGAAAGAAAUUCUUAAUCAUUGGUCCGAAGUGGUUGCUGAUCAUAAAAAAUAUAUUCAGUUGAGAAACGAAUUUGAAGCAUGGUUAAAACCUUUAGAAGAACAACUGUCACAGAUGAUAACUAAAGAGGAUAAGUUAAGCAUUGAAAACAAGGGAAACAAAUUACAAGUGUUCCUACUUGAAAGAGACAAUGGCGAACACAAAAUUGGUAUUUUGACUACAGCGGGUGAUAAAGUGUUGCCUGAGACUGCUGCAAACGGCAGGGAGAACAUUCGUACUGAAAUAAGAGUUUUAAGGGAGAGGUGGGAUCAAUUAAACGAUAGUAUAUUACAGCAGCAAAAAGAAUAUGAGUCUCAAACGUUACAGUGGUCUAGCUAUCAAGAGGUGUUACAACAAACUUUGUCCUGGUUAGAUGAAAAGGAAAAAGUUGUUGAAAAUGAAGAAAAAGUUGUCCUAAAUUCAGCCCAAGAAAUUAAAUCAAAGCUUCUUAAAAAUAAAACAUUGUUGCAAGAAAUUCUCUCACACAAACGGGUAAUUGAAACAGUUACUGAAAAAGCUAAAAGUGUAGCUUCUACCCUCCUUACAGGUAAAGAAGAAAAUGAUGAAAUGUCACGCAUAAUUCAAUCUAUUUGGGACAGAUAUAAUGCCUUGACGAAUAGGUUGUCAGCUAUAAUUGAUAAACAUGAAAGUACGUACGAAAUCUAUCAAAAUUUCGCAGAUCAACAAAAAUCAUUGCAAGACUACCAAAAACAUUUGUGGGACCGUUUGCAUUUACUGUCUGAUUUUACUGGAAAUAAAGCUGCUCUACAGAGCAAGUUAGGAAAAAUUCAAGAACUACUUGACGCUAUACCGACAGGCAGCAAUAAGCUUAAAAUCUUAUCUGAUUUAAUAGAAAAUGAUAGUGCAAAGCUAUCACCUAGAGGUAAAGAUGGUAUGUCGCGUGAAUUAAGUCUUCUCAGGGCUGAUCUAGAAAAGUUUACUACGACUGUUCAUGAUGUCAAGCGUGGCAUUGAAGACAAAAUACAGCAGUGGAUUGAGUUUGAUAGCGCCAAUGAUCGCCUACAGCACUGGCUCAGUGAUACAGAAAUGAGCUUAAAAACUUAUACACCUAAAGCCACUUUGGAGGAAAAAGUUGAUCAACUUAAUAAAUACCAGGAUUUAUGUAAAGCAAUUGAUUGUCACGAGACUGAUUUGAAUGUGGUCAUAAGUCUGGGUGAAGCCUUGGAUCAAGCAAUUCUCGCCAACCUUAAAAAGACAGAGAACGAUGUAGAUAAACUAACUGAUGAAUUCAGUGAUCUAAUCGAAAAUUGCAAUGAUACCAGAAUUACUAUGAAUCUCCAGCAAAUGACAUCUCGCUUCCAAUCUGUGCAUUCUACUGCCAAAGAGCUAGUUAAGAAAUGUCAGCAAGCAGUUAACGAUCAUACUGCAUAUCAAGAUAAAUAUAACCAGUGUACAGACUGGAUUAAGACAGCACAACACAAAUUUGAAGAAUGCCAGAAAAACUUAUUAAAUACCCCAGAAGGAAUAAAUGCUAAACGGGAAAGCUUAAACGAGUUGAUGAGUCAACAGCGCAAUGCAACUCUCUUAAUGAACAAUACAGUUGAACUUGGUGAGAAAUUAUAUCCAUCUACAUCACCAGAAGGAAAAGAAUUGAUAGAACAACAGUUACAGGAUAUUCAACAGGCUAUAGACAACUUGUAUGAAAAUAUCACUAAGGCCGAAAGGGACUUGGAUUCUGAACUAAGCAAGUGGUCAUCUUUUGAAGAUAAUUUGAAGGCUGUCAAAGAAUGGUUAACAAUUGCUGAAAAGAACCUUCCAAAAGAUAUAGAAUUAAAAGCUACUUUGGAUGAAAAACGCCAUCAACUAAAUGUUUACAGAAACUAUCUACAAGAUGCUAUUGCCCAUCAACAAAGUAUAAAUGAUUUAGAAACACGUGCUCAGACUUUACCUGAUAUUACGAAAGAUAUUAGAAAAGAGAUAAACCAACUAAAGCAAAGGCAAGAUGCUAUUCUUGCAAGGGCGAAAUCUUUUGUUGAGCAAUACGAAGCUAUUGUCAACAACCAUCAACAAUAUACUAAAGCUGUUAUGGAUCUGCAGGAAUGGGUAGAGGCAACUCACAAUACUGCACAACUUUGGGGUGACGUCAACUUAGAAAGAGUAGCUUUAAGUAGUAACUGCGAAAAGCUAAAAUCAUUGCAAGUAAAUUUACCGGAAGAAAAGAACCGCAUCGAUAAAAUACGAUCAUUGGGUGAGAAAGUCUUACCUGGCACAGUAAGUAGCGGCCAGGCAAAUAUACGAAAUCAAGUUGAUGCAUCACACCAAGAAUGGGAGGGCUUAGUAUCUUUUAUUAAUAAAACAAUUGAAGGCUUAGAAAACAAAAUUCAGCAAUGGAAUGAAUACGAGAAUAUGAAAGAUCAAUGUUUGGCUUGGAUUAGACAUACAGACAAUCAAAUUCAUGCAGUUGAUCUUAAAGCAACACUUUCUGAAAAACAAGAACAAUAUAAUAAGUUCCAAGAGCUACAAGGAGAAGUUCGUGCAAAAGAACUUGAAAUCGAUAACAUUACAGAGAAGGCCCAACAUCUAUACACGGGUAUGCUUGGGCCUCGUGGAUCACAAAUAUCAGACCUUACUGUCAAAUACCAAACUUUAUCUCAAAAAGUAAAGGAUUUAACAAAUAGAUGGCAACAUUAUGUGAAAACUCAUCAAGAGUUCACAAGCAAUGUCGCUGAAUGUUCCCAAUGGAUUGAGGAGUUAAGAGAUAAAUUGGACUUUUGCGCUGAUUUGAGCUCAUGUUCACAAGAUGACUUAGAAACAAAGCUAGUGCUGAUUCAAAAUCUGCUGCUAUCGAAAGAUGAAGGAUUUACAAAAGUACAAUCUUUGGUUGAACUGGCACAAAAUGUUAUGGCUAACACUGCACCGUCUGGCCAUGAAGCUAUUAAUAACUCUUUGGUCACUUUACAAGAACAAUGGUCAGCUUUAUUAUCUAGGAUGAUUGAAACUAAGAAUAUGUUGGACGAUUCUGUAACAAAAUGGGCAGGAUUUUUAGAACAAAUACAAUUCGUUGAUAAAAGCAACAAUUGGCUGGAAAAUAUGCUUGCAGAGUUAACGCCUUUUGAAAGUUCCAUGUCCGAUAAGAGAGUUCAACUAGAAAAACUGAAAGAAGUUGAAGAAAAAGCACGCUGUGAUCGAUUGGAUGUUGAUACUCUUAAGGCUAAGGCGGCUGAAAUGAUUGCAAGUGGGCAACAAAAUCAAGCUGCUACUAGAGCCCAAGAAGCUCUUAACAAGUUUGACUCACUUUAUGACAAAAUAAAGAAAUUGCUUUCAGACCGCGAAGAGCAAUAUAAAGAUCAUCGUUUAUACAAGGAAGCUCACGAUGAACUUAUUCAAUGGUUGAGCAGAGCAAGAGAAAAAGUCCCUUCGUUAAAAUCAAAACCUUUGAGCGACAAGUUAGCAAUCGAAAAUGCUGUAGCUCCAUUAGAAACACUUAUUAAUAAACAAGCUCAAGGCGAGUUAUUAUUAGAGCACUUGCAGCAUACUGGUGAAGUUGUUCUUGCUAGUACUUCACCCGACGGACAGACAACAAUUAAGAAUGAAAUGAAAGCUCUUAAGGAAAGCUUCGACGAUCUUUUCAAUGAGAUUAAACAACAAAAGAACCAACUGGAAGAAACAAUUAACCAGUGGCGUGAGUACAAAGAUGAAUACGAGAGGCUUUCUGACUGGUUGCAACAAAAAGAAAUUCUUAUCAAAAAUCAUAAAUUAGCUUUGCUCGGAACAGCUAAAGAAAAGGGGGCUCAGGUAAAUGAAGUAAAGGAAAUAGUGGAUCAACUAAACAAAGGUAAGGCUGAUAUUGAUAAAUUCAAUGCUUCAGCUUCCGGUCUUCUGUCGUCACAUUUGGACACUUAUGUAAACAACCAGCUACGGCAUCUUAACUCCAGAUACCAGGUUCUGGUCAACAUGGCGAAUGACGUAUUGAAAAAGGUAGAAACUAACUACGAACAGCAUCAAAACUAUGACGACAACUAUGUUAAGACAAAGAAAUGGAUUGAUGAUGCUUGGGAAAUUACUCGUAGCGGUAGCGAGGCUGGUAGCAAUAGCAGCAAAGAAGCGUUACAGAAACGUUUAGAACAAAUUGAGGAUCUUCUAAGACGCCGUGAGGAAGGUCAGAAUCUAGUCCACGCUACUGUCAACAGUGGAGAGAAGGUUUUGAGAAACACACGAUCCGACGGCAAAGAUAAAAUUAACACUGAAUUAAAGGAGUUGCAAAACGAAUGGGAUCGUCUUGUUAAGAAAAUGACGACAGCUAAGGUUCAUCUGGAGACUGCUCUGCUCCAAUGGGCAGAUUACAGUUCCAGUUACUCUCAGUUACAGCAAUGGAUAUCCGACAGAGAGGCGAAAUUACAAGAAGUGUGUGAACAAAAAGUUGCCAAAUCUAAGAAAGGUCAAGACCGCCUUGCUGGUCUCACUACCGGUCUUAGUCUCGGCGAAAGAAAAGCCACACUUCGUCAAACAAACAAUAUUGUACAAGAUAUCGUUUCGUUUGAGCCCAUGAUACAGUCUGUCACUUCUAAGGCUUCAGAAUUGAUGCAACAGGCGCCUGCGUCUGAAAUUACCAGCAAAUACGAAACAUUGUCAAAGCAGGCUAAAGAUUUAUAUGAAAAACAGAAGGAAACAGUCGAGCAACAUCAAGCUUUUAUUGAUGCUGGUACAGAUUUCGUUCAAUGGAUUAGAGCCGCUAAGGAGAGAUUAGGAAAAUGUUCCGACGCGACCGGCGACAAAGAAUCGCUAAGCAGUAAAAUAUCACAGCUUAAAGUGUUGGAAAGUGAACUACCUGAUGGACAAAAGAAGCUGCAGAAAGCUCUUGAACAGGGAGAGAUAUCUUGUGGUCUGGCUGACGAUGACGACAGAGAGGAGAUAGAGGAAGAAGUGGCUCUAUUGCAAGAAGAAUUCGAUACCUAUGUGGAGCAAUUGAACAACACGAAAGCAUUGAUCGAAGGAGGUAUCGUGAAAUGGACAGAAUAUGAAGAGCAAUAUAAGGAAGCCUUGGAUUGGUUGUCUAAGACUGAGAAACUCGUGCAAUCUUUUAACAAGUUGCAGAAUAACCUGGAGCAGAAGAAAGUUGUUCUUGAAGAGUUCCAGGGUCACCUCCAAACCUUAUUUGACUGGCAAGCUGAGUUAGACAAACUAAACAUGCGAGCGCAGACACUUUUAGAAACCUGCGCCGACACAAGGAUCUCUAAUGGUAUCACUCAGCUGACUACAAAAUACAACGCCUUGUUAUCUUUGGCUAAGGAGGUCAUGAAGCGACUCGAGCUCCAUUACCAGGAACACCAGCAACACAACGCUCUCUACGGAGAAUGUCAAGACUGGCUGGACAGGACUCGUGAGAAGCUCAACCAAUGCGCUGACAUACCGAACAACCUUCAAGAAGUCAACAAUAAACUCAACACGGUGAAACUUCUCCGCCAGUCUCUGGAACAGGGCCAGAACAAGUUGAGAUACCUUCUGGAACUCAAGGAGAAGGUGAUAAUGAACACGGAACAGGCCGGCGCCGCGAAAAUCCAAGAAGACACGGAUAACUUGAAGCAGGAAUUCGAUAAGCUUAUCGCCGACUUGCAGGACGUCCGUAAUAAGUUGACGAGCAGAGCCUCACAGUUUGAUGAUAUUUCUAAGAUUCACAAACUUCUGGUUGAAUGGCUUGAUGACAUAGACCAGAAGAUACAGUCAGAUGACUCACUUCUCAAUGAUCUGUCGGAAAAGAAGGCCAAGCUGGAGAAAUUCAGGACCUUCAACAGGGACAUUGACUCCCACAAAGACCUUGUCAAUAAACUCAAUGAAAAGCUCCAAGAGGAUGCAUCGUUGAAAUCGAAGGACAUCGAAGACACCUUGAAGAGGUAUGAAGACAUCAAGAAGACUGUCAGUGAAAUGAUUGGUAAAGUUGAAGACUAUGUGAACUCCCACAUACAAUACAAAGAAUCCUACGACAGUUUCUAUGACUGGAUACGCAACUGUAAGAUCGAAAUCCAACAAUGUUCCGACUCCCAUGGGGAGAAGCAGGAAGUGCAGAAGAAACUGAUUAAUGUCAACAAAAUCAUUGAAUCUCUGCCAAAAGGCGAAGCAUUGCUUAAAAAGGCAAUACAGCUGAGUGAAGCUGUAUUGGAAACGACUGGGAAUGAAGGCAAAGACAACAUUAACCAGGAGAUCAAACAGUUGAAGAUAGAGUGGGAGAAUUUGCAGCACAUUUGCAAGGACACCAAGAAGUUGUUGGAGAAAUGCCUCUCUGCUUGGUCAGACUUCUUGGAGACGUCGGAGAAGAUGAGCAACUGGGUCAAAGAUUUCGAUGGCAAGUUAAGUGCUGUCCAAAAGGUUGAUAAGAUCACUCCUGAAUAUCUGGACAAGUGUCGCGAUUUACUUGCUCAAGCACUUGCAAACAAACAUGUCUUAGAAGAGCUUAAUGACCGAUGCGAGAAUCUUAUGGAGCUCAGUGCUUGCGCUUGGGUCCGCGACAAAACUGUCAACCUACAAACUGAAUAUACAUCCUUAUUAACGAAGAUACAGAGCUUAGUUUCUAAUGGUGAGAAGAAUUUAUCAGAUCACACUGAAUUUAUCAAAGCCAAGGAAGAACUGCAGCAAUGGUUGGAGACAGCUCAUGGUACAGUACAAGAUUCGAUAGGAGUUGGUGACAUUGAAACCACCAAGGACAAACUGGAAACUGUUAAGCUCGUUAGUAACAGAAUGACAGAGGGACACCAUCUGCUAGUCGUUUUACAAGAGGCGUUCAAGAAAGCCCUUAACAAUACUCCACCUGAGGAGCAAGACAGUUUGCGCAGUGACGUUCAGGUUCUUCAAGAAAGCUGGGAUCAGCUGAAAAUCGAUCUAAACUCUAUAACUGCUCAAUUGAAAGCAGCAAUCGGCAAAUGGGAAGAUUUCGAAGAAUCUAAGAACAAACUCAACCAAUGGAUGAACUACACAGAACAGAACCUUGAUAAAGUGCCUGCAACGGGUGGAGAAUUAGGCGAGAUGAAGACAUUGCUUGAAAAAUACAAGCACAUUGAAGAUGAAAUUGAUAACAAGAAGCCAGAAUUGGCCCGGCUUAAAGACGAGGCUGCUGAGCUUAGCGGAUGGGCAAGGAAACCAGCUGUCAAGGAAUCAGUGACAGAAAUCGAAAAGAAAUGCAACGCCUUAAGAGCCAAAUGUAGUGCAAAGAAAGCGGAGCUAGAGAACGAAAUCAAAGAUUACAAUCAGUACCACCAAUCGUUGCAAGACACAGAGAAAUGGCUUUUGCAAGUCUCAUUCCAGCUCAUGGCGCACAAUUCGCUUUACAUUGCGAAUAGAGAGCAGACAGAAGAACAGUUAGCACAACAUGCUGUGUUACUGGACGAUAUACAGAAGUACCGAUCCACACUAGACGAUUUGGAAGCUAAAGGUCGUGCACAGAUUGAGCGUUACGAAGGUACGACACCUUCUAUUCGGGAUACUGUCGGCAAGCAGUUGAAGAAUGUCAACGAUAGCCACAAGAGCCUUUUGGCGACUGCGCUACAAAUCGAAAGACGCCUCAGAGAAGGUCUUGCCAAGUUUAAGGAAUACGAAGACACUUUGGAGAGUAUAUUGAACAAUCUAGACGAGUGUGAGCCAGCAAUUACCGAGCUCGACGUUCCGGUCGAUGGACUGUCACAUGGCCGCGAUUUGUUGGACAAAGCUAGGGGGCUGCACAACCGGCUGCAGACGGAGAAGGCGCGGCUGUCGGCGGCGGUGGCGGCGUGCUCGGCGGCCGCCGCCUCGGUGUCGCGGCCCGCCUCGCCCGCAGACUCGGCGCCGCUGCCCGUGCCGCCGCGCGAGCUGCUCGUGCGCGCGCGCCUCGAGGACCUCAUCGACCAGGUACAAAGUCAUCUUGAAACCCUCGGAGAUGCUGUCCAAGGUAUGGAAGAGGCCAUGAAACAAGUGCUGGAGAUUCAAGAAUGGAUUAACGUUCAUAAAGCUUUAGCUCAUGAUUGGCUCUCCAAUCCAUCGAAAUUGAGACCCGAAGCGGCUAAAAAUGAUAUGGCUGCCAUGAAUGAUGCUUUGGCUUCUCUAGCUGAAAAGAGGAAUCGGCUGCUAACUGAAAUUCCUACAGAAGGGCUAGAAGAUGAAAUCAACCUUGAAGAAGAACUAGACAACCUUGAGAGGACAAUACUUCAAGCUAUAGAAAGAGAAAAGGCUAACCAAGGCAUCAUUGACGACUUCCGCCACAAGUGCCAGGAAAUUCACGACUGGUUUGAUUCGGUAUUGAAGAAAAUGUGUCUUGCCGACAAAGGCUCUGGUCUUCCAUGCCCUCAAAAACUAAGCGCAUUGAAAGAGCUUUCAGCCGAGUUUGGUCAAGCUGGAAAAGAUAAGGUUGAUAAUAUCAAGGCUGUUGGAACGCAAGUGAUCAACAUUGUUAGUAAUUUGGAGUCGCAACAAGUAGAAGAACAAAUGAAGUCGGUAGAAAGGAGAUAUAAUGAUAUCGCGAAACGGAUCCAGCGCAAGCUGCAGAUGCUUGAAAUCACCUACAAAGCUAUCGACGGUACUAAGAGCGAGGUCAAUGCUCAAAACGAAUGGUUGCAAAAGGAAAUUGACAAUAUUCUUCACCCAGAGCCACUUGGCUAUGAAAGCAAAUCGGUCAAAGAGAGACAGAAGAAGAUAGCAAAUCUCUUGAAAGAAACUGACGGUAAGAAGACCGUUAUAGACUCUCUGGAAAAGAAAGUAAGCAACAUCCAAGCUGAACUUGAACCUUCUGAACAAAUGCAAUUAGAGUCAGAAUUGUCUGAACUUUCUUCAAAACAAAAACAACUGGCUUCUCUUAUCAAACAAGAGAUCGAAAGAUUAAGCGGCUGUGCUGAAGUUAGAAAGAAGUUUGAGAACGAUGUUGAAAAAGCCAAGAAUUGGCUUAAAUCUAAAUUAGCCGAAAUUAAGAAACUCGGAGGUCCUGUUCCAUUAGAAGUAGCUAAGGUUGAAAAGGAAAUUGCUGUGCACAAGAAACACCAAAGUGAAUUAUCAGAUUUCAAUAACGAUACACUUUCCGAGGUUAUACGUCAAGGAAAUGCUGUGUCCAAAGAUUGCUCCCCGGAAGAUCGUGCAAAAUUACAAACUUUACUAGAAGGUCUGAAUAAAUCUUACACAUCUGCUAAAGUAGACAUAGAUGAGAAACUAGCAGCUUUGAAUAAGUUACUUCAAGGUAGGAAUGAAUUUGAAAACGAUGUUGCAAAAUGCCAGGGCUGGCUGAAUGAAGCUGAAGUCGCGGCCACUCCUGAACUGCGCACAACAAGUCUACAACUUUUAGAAGAACAAUUGGCCAAGUUUGAAAAGCUUAGCAAAGAAGCCGAGGAUGUAGAGAAGAAUAUCACCAAAAUAAAAGACAAAUCAAAGGACAUCAUGGAAACAUUAUCAGACUCCAACAAACUGCAACUCAAAGAACAAGUCAACGUUCUUUCUGACAAAUUCGCUAGGAUUAACGCUAUUAUAAAUGACAAAAAGAACAUUUUAAUUAAACACAUUAAGGAAUACAAAGAUGCCGCGGCUAAGAUUGCAGCAGCUCUUGAAUUCCUAAAUGAAAUCCAGAACAAACUUAAGGCUCUGAACAAACCUAUAGGCAGUAAAGUUGAGGAUGUUCAACCCAUCAUUCAAGCUUAUGAAUCCAUUCUUGCUGAUCUCAAGAAGAAUAAGUCCAUGUUGAACGAACUUCAAGGAGGUAAUCUACAUGAUCUUCAAGAUAUACUCACUCAACAGGAUGAUCUAAUUAGUACCAUAGAAGAUCAGAUAUCGAAACUGAAACAACUCCUGCUCCUUCGUGAGCAAUUCUUCGCCCUCGUUAAGGAAAUUGAAGAAUUCAUUGCUAAAUAUACAGACGUUACUGCCGAAAUCGAAAGGUCUAAUGACUCAUUGGAAGACAAGAUCAAGCGCUAUGACGACAUCAUUGUUAAGAUCCAAGGAUGCGAAGCACUUCUGGCGACAGCUACGGACAAGGGUCAGCAAAUCGCAGCGGAAGGAACUGUCAUCGAUAGAAACAACAUCACUGAACUUCUACAAUCCCUGAAGCAACAACUCCUAACCUUGAGAAGAACUGUAGAGUCAAAGAGGCAGGAACAUGAAAGGGCUGCCGCAGAGCACAAGAAACUUGCAGCAGAUCUGUCUGAAAUAUUGCAAUGGCUUCAUGACAACGAGGCCGCAGUGCACUCACGUCCGCUAUUAAACAGAGAUGUAGCUAGCGUUGACAAGAAGCUAAUCGAACACGCCACUCUAGCCAAGAAUGUACAGUCAUAUUUGGAUAAAUUCACAAAGAUCUCUGACAUUAUUAAGGCCGAUGAUGGUGUACCUAGUUCUCUUCUCGAAAUGGUAUCGGAGGGUAACUCGUUGAAGACAUCUUUACCCGAAGAAUUAGCUAACAGAGAGAAACACUUGAAAGACAACAAGAAGUACAGGCAGCAGUACAUCCAAAUGGUAGAGAAGUUGAACAUUUGGGUGAAUGAGGCCGGAAUCCGAUUGGACAUGGGCAAAAACGGCACUGAUUUCGAAAACAUCGAGGCAGACUUGGAAGAACACAAGUCAUUCUUCAAUACCUCCGAACCGGAGAUGAAAGAUUUGGUCGGAAAGAAAAUGCAGAACAUUGUUGACAAGAUCUGGCCAUCUCUGACUGCUUCUGAGCAGGAAGAGUUGUCCAAAGACCAUCAGAAACACAACCAACUUUUGAAGAACACACUGAAUUCGGCCAAGUCGCGCCAAGCUCAACUGGAACAAGACUUAGAAAUCUGGAAAGACUUCUGCCAACUGGUGGAGAAGAUCAAGGCAAUGCUGGACAAGAACGACAUCCAGGAUGAGGCGAUCACAUCGGUGGACGCCUUACGAAUGUACCUGGAGAAGCUCAACCAUGCCAGAAACGAUUUAGAGAACCAACAGCCGCUCCUAGACGUGGUCCGGGAGCGGGCUCGCGAGCUGUGCAGCGGCGCUGACGCUGCUAGCGGGGAGAGAGUUGAGCAGAAGACCAGGGAACUCGCCGAUCGUUGGAACGUAGCCUGCGAAGGCUUAGCUAAACGCGCUACCACAGCGGACAGCCAACUCCAACGCUGGACCCAACUUCUAGACACACAGAGGAGCUUAGCAUCUGCAAUAACAGCCGCAUCAGACCGCCUGCGACAGUUGGAUGCAAAUCCGAGCACCAGGCGUCGUGCGCUCGAUACAAGACAUGCUUUGCAGGAGCUGCAGACAGACGUAUCAGGACUGGAAGAGAGCAGGGACGAUCUGCUCGAGCACGCCGACUUCGUGGUGAACAUCCUCAGACAACACUCCAAGGAAGCCGCAGAAGAGACCGAGAAGUCUGUCAAGGAGACUGUGGAGGCUUAUGAGAAAUUGCGACAGACUCUAGCGGCGAGACUCGCGGAGAUCGACGAUAUUGUGUCCGAAUUCGACCGCGUUGCGGAGAACAUUGAGAAACUUCGGCAACUGAUCGAAGUUUUCAUAGCGAAAGUCGGGACUUUCUACGUUUUCGGGGAAGACGACGCGGAAGGUGUGCGCCAACUCGCCGACGAAGUGUCCGAGUUAGUGGAGCGUACGAAGACCUUCACGGAGGAGAGCAGGAAGCGGUACGGCGGCUCCGCCCCGGCGGACGUGGCGCAGGAGCUGUCCGCUUUAGAAUUAUCGGCGGAAGCGUUAGCGGCGGCGAUGGAGGAGAAGGAGAGGGAGUGGAAGCGCGCUCGCACAGCUCGCAGCGAAUACGCGACUGAUGUCGAAAGUGUGCAGGCGUGGGUCCGCGCGGCCGAGCUCACCGCCCGAGACCGCGCCUUACCGCCCGAACCUUACAAAGAACGCCUGGUCGCGACCAGGUCCGAGGUCCCGAGUGUAGCAGACCGGCUCGAGCGACUGACGCGCAACGCUCGCGCAAUCGUCGAGGGCAGCCGUGACGCCGGAGAACGGCAGUUGGUUCAGUCCACGGUGACGGCGCUCUCGGAUCAGUUCGCGGCCAUCUGCAGCGAGCUCGAAGCCCGCCAGGCCGCCGUGGAGGACGCCUGCGACGCUGUGGCACGAUUCCUCGCGUUGUUGGAGAAAGUCCUGCUUUGGGUUGAAACGCAACGUGCAUUCCUCGCGAGGCCACUCCCAUUGGCCGACUUGCAGGAGGCACAACAAAAACAGACUGAAUAUGGGAACGCGCUCAAGAGCUGUAAGCAGCAAGCGAAGAAUCUCGCAGAUAUGGCUAAGGAAAUAGAGGCUAUUGAACGUGUAACUAGUCCAGGGGACUUGCCCUCGAGGCUCGAAGCGGCAGAGAAUGCCACAGUUGAUGUUGAAAAGAAAUUGGCGAAGACAAAUGGCUUAUUACAAGAAUUGGCGGAAGAAUGGGAAAGAUGCGAAAAGAAAUUGAAAGAUGUCGGUCACUGGCUUGAAGCUACGACACGGACAAUAGAGGCACCACAGAACGCAAAGAAACCACUCAGAGAUAGGCUCGCUCUGAGAGAAAAAUUGAUUAACGAUAUAUCAACACAGAAAACUAAGAUCUCAUAUGCGGUUGAAAAACUUGAUGUACACUUCGGUCCCGACGGCGUGGCGUCACAAUCCCGCUCGCCAGAAGGCGUACAGCGAGCGGCGCGCGAGCUCUGUAGUUCGCUGGACUCGCUCGGCGGACAGACCGCCGCGCAAGCUCGCCAGCUGACUGCCGCGCUUCAGCAGCUUGACGCUUACUGCGUGGAGCUCGCGCAACUCCGCUCGCAACUGCUUGAUGCGGAGCAACAGUUGCGCCACGUCGCGCAACCCAACUACAGCCCCCGAGACCCAGAGCGGGCCCAGAGACAGCAACAGGAGGUUGGGCGGCGUAUCGAAGAGCUCACUCGGUGUAUCUACGAGGUGGACCCGUACUUCGCGAGCGGCGACGACGCGGGCGCACUGAGCCUGCUGCUGCAGUCGGGCGCGCGCGCCCGCGCCCUGCGCCGCCCGCGCUCGCCGCGCCGCCGCGCCGCGCCGCACCCCGCGCACCCCGCGCAGCCCCCCCUCGCGCCCCACACCACCUACGCCGAGAUAGUCAAAGGCCUCCGCUCCCGCUCCAGCUCAGUGGCCUCCCGGCAAUCGAGCGCGCAGAGAGUGCCCGCCCUCGACCGCCCAGAACCGGCCCCCGCUGAAGAGGAACGUUUGAGCGAAACUUAUGUGCACAUGCCGGAUCAUGAUAGUGAAAUGGCGAAUCAGCCCAGUGAUUUAUACAGUGAACCAAUUAACGAAAACGUUAGUGAGAGUGAUACGUGCAAGCCUGACGUAGACAUUCACUUUGAACCGACCUCUGAACUAAUAGAAUAUUGUGAUACGGAAGAACCUGUCGAUGAUCAGCAAAAACAAAAAUUACAAUCUUUGGAAUGCCCAGCUUCAGCACAGAGCGAUUCCAUUCAUGACGUCUUACGUCCGCCCGAAUACCAUGACAGAUCUUUGAGUCCCGCAACGAGAUUACGGUCUCAAGAUUUAUCAUAUGCAGAAAUUCUAGCAUUAGGCCUGCGAAAGCAGGCGAAAGCUCAAAAUAUUAUCUCGUUGCCGAAACCACAGGUAGCAGAAGUCGAAAUGGUGAAAGAAAUAGUUGUAGAAGUCGAAAAGGCUCCGCCUGUUAUUUAUUGUGAACCGCGAGUUCAACCUACGGACUCUUCGCGAAACAAACCGGAAAGACCUGAAAGACCUUUCCAACGCAGUCGUUCGAGAGACAUGCCACGACAAAGGCGUGCUCCCGAAAAGCGUUCCACUAAAUCACAUGACAUGCAAAUCAUUAAAAAGAAGAAAACUUCAAGAAGAGUUAUUGAAGUUGAGAACUUCGAUGACUCUCCGGAAGCAAUAGAGCCAACAACAAAAUCAAGUGAUACUCCCAUAUACAAAACUAUCGAAAAGUUUGAAGAGCCUAAAAUAGAAAAAAGUUGUAAAGAGAUAACCAAAAAAGUUCACCACAGUGCUACAGUUGUAGAGACUGUUAUUGAAACUGUUUCUGAAGAACUACCACAAGAGCCUUUAAAAACAGAAUUAGAACAAAAGAAACCAAAAAAGAAAAACAAACAUAAAAAGGUAAAAGAAAUAGAUGACGAAAUAGAGAAGGCUUUAAAAGAGAUUGAAGAAUCGGACAGACAUAAGAAAAGAAAAAUAAAAGAUUCCCGUGAUAAAAGUAAAGAAACGAUUAAAGUCGCGGAAUCUGACGAAAAUGAACAACACGCAGAAGUUACUAAAAGAAGCUUAGAAGCAAUGGCAGAUACUAAAGAAGUUACUAACAAACAGAAGAAAAAGAAAAUACAUAAAGACUCAACAACUUCUAAACAUAAAGAAGAAAAGUCUGAGACCAAUAUCCAUUUUAUACAAUCAACUGACGAAAAGCCUACUACUCAAAGCUCAAACUUAGGAGAGGAAAUGUUACCGAUUGUUGAAUCUGAUGAUUCUGAUAAUUAUAAUUUAGCAGAACAAGGUGAUAAAUUCUUGUCCAUAAUAAAAAAUAAAAAAAGGAACAUUAAUGAAAAUGUAAGUGAUGUUAAAAGCGCAAACGAAGCGAUCGGAAAUGUAGAUAAAAUAGCAGAUAAGCUUUAUCAAAACGAAAUGGACAUUCAAAGUGUCACUACGUCAUUUACUAGAACAAAGGAAGAACAUGACGAUUUGAAAAAUGAAGAAUCGGAUGCGGAAAAGGCGUCUAAACAGAAGAAGAAGAAAAAAGGCAAAAAACGAGGACAAUCGCCAGAACAUAGUGAAUAUAAGUUAAUUACCACUGAAGUCGUAAAGUCAACUAUUGAAGGAAACAUGAAAAUUAUUGAACCAAUAGAUGAAAAAAUUCCGAACGUAGUAAAUAAAACUGAAGAAAUUAAACCAUAUAAACUGGUACCGUUGGAAUCUUCUGAUUCUAUCAAAGAGAAAGUACAUUUAGGUAAUACUCUUGAUAGAAGUAAACCAAACGAUGAUGUGGAGUCCAUCCUUCCUAAAAAGAAAUUAAAGUCGAAAAAGCAAAAAUCUACUGAAAGCAAAAAUACAUCACAAGAACAGACUCUUUCUGAAGCUUUAGGAACAGCUCAUGUAAUUUUAGAAGACAAAGAUGUAGAAAAUGUAGUAGAAGAGGAAUUUACGGAAGUAAAAACAAACAAAAAUAAAUUAAGGAGUAAGAAACUGAAAGAAUUGGAACAAGUUGCAAGUUGUGAGAAAUUAAAAGAAAAAUGUGUGAAACUUAAUGAUAAACAAAGAGAAGUCACUAAAGAUGCAAAUACUAUUGCACAAUCCAUUCAACCUAUCAAUGAAAAAGAUGCUUAUUUAAUGCACACGGAAAUUUCAGAACAAGACCAAUUAGUACAAAGUGACCUUGUCACCAUGGAUUGGAAUACUUUAAUGGCUGAAGAGGAAAAUGUACUUGAAUCCGAAGUCACACAAAUAAAACAAUCGACUGAUGAAACUGACGCCUCUCAAACAAACACACAAGUAGCCACAGAAGUUACUAUACUUCCAGAAAUAUCUAAUAUAAUGGACGUGAAACCGAAAAGUGAGCAGCGAUUGGAAAAUGCACAAAUGAAGGAAAUAGUUCAAAAUGAAAUGAGCACUAGCAGUUCCCUCAACGAACAAAAUAAUAACGAUAAGAUCUUUUCGUCCGAUUUAUUGAAAAAUAGCCCAUUAAAUAUCGUACAAGAAAUAACAAGGUAUGAGCCAAUUGUGCAAGAUAUAGAAACACGUACAAUAUAUUUAAUAACACACGAAGAAAAGAAAUUACCACCUAUAAGAACAGUUAAGGUUUUCAGUACAAAAAGCAAUUCUUUAGAAAUUGAAACGCAAGGAGAAAGUACUUCUGAUACUAUUCAUACUUUAGUAGACAAGGAUAUAAAAAUAAUUGAUAAAAAUAUUUCUCGUAGUACAUCAGAAAAUGUUGAAGACGUCAUUGAAGGACAAAUUUCAACUGAUUGCAUUGAAGAAUUUUCACAGUAUGCACAGGAUCCAAAUUUAAACACAGAAACAGAAAAACAUUCUUUAAAACAAGUUGAUAAAGUUGAUCCUCCCCACGGGUUUGUUGUAAAACCGAAAAGCAUAGAUGAUAAAAUGAUAAUUGGACAAGAAAAGUUAGAAAACGUUAAAAACCUUUCUAAUACUUGUCGCUCAAUUCUUACAACUAAUGAAGAAGGUGAUAACUAUUUGCAUUUAGAUGAAAAACACGAUAACAUCGUAGAUCGGGUUUCAAAUGAAAUGGAAGAAUUUUCAGAGAAUAUUCUUGAACAGGCUAUAUUUGGAUCAGUGCAAGACCGCAAAAGGUCAACAUUUGUUAAGACGAGUUCUAUACCAUAUCAAGAACUAGUUGAAGAAAUUAAAACGUAUUCGUUGAACCUUGAUAUUGAUCAACUAGAUUUUGAUUAUCACAAAUUGAUGAUUGAUGAGGAAGGGGAAGAUUCCCUUGAUGUAGAUAAUAAAACCGAUGUACUAAAGCAAUGCUUAGAUAAAGAAACUACGAAUAAUGAUUUAGUUAAGAAAGAUUCGAUGGAAAGUUAUUAUGAAAAAUCUGCUAAAGAAAUAGCUGCAACGUCUUUGAAUAUGUCGGAUGCACCUCAUUUUAACUAUUACGAAAUGAACGAAGCUGAAAAAUCUUUUGCUUCCCUCAUGUCAACUGUAACCGACCUUAAAUUUCAAGAAGAAGAAAAUAAAAACAUUGACCAAAAUUUAAGCAACUCGUUGAAAACUUUUGCCGUAGUAGAUGCCGUUCUUAAGAAAAAUGAUUGUCAAGAUAACGCGGGUUCUAUAAUUAAAGAAAAUAAACCAUCGGACAUCACACCUAUCCUUUACUCAGAAAUUAACAAUGCGGACCAUGCAGUCACUAACAUGGAAAAGACACAUAACAGUUUAUUUGAGAAAACACAAGCUGAAGAUUACAAGGCUGCAAAUUUAAUUGAAUCUACUAAAAGUAAACAAAUUAAUGUGGUAUUAGAUGAUUCUAAAUUCAAAGAAACAAAAAUGGCUGAUAAUGUUAUACUUAACAUACUUCAUGAUGAUAUUACAUACUUUAAUUAUUCUGCAAUAGCCGACUCGGAGAAAUUAUUGGCAUCUAGUAUUAAUCGCCAUGAAAAAACGAUUUCCGAGGAUGAAACAUAUAAAACCGUGAUUCUGAUACCAAGUGUGACCCCGAAUGACUGUAACCUAGUAUCUAUUUCAAAUGAAUUUGAUAUACAAGAAGAAAAGCUGAAAGGGUCUGGAAAUGCAAAUUCCGAUACCGAAGUAUUAACUACCACACCAAAUAUUCAAAAUGAGUCAGAAUUAAAAGCUGUUAUAUUAUCUGAACAAAAUGAUAUUUAUAAACCAAAACAAACGUUUACAUUACUAUUGGAAAACUUGCGUCAAGAACAGCCCCGUUACAGUCAUUAUGACAUUUUAGAUGCAGAAAAGAUCUAUCCUUCACUUAUAAAUGUGUGUGAUUUAAAUCGAAAUAUCGCAGCACCCGAUAAUAUUAACGCUGCUGUAGAUACUGAUACACAAAUCAAAGACAACACCUUUGUUUUGCAUCAAAAAAGUGUAGAUGCGCGCAAAGAAAAUAUAGAAAAUGUUAAUUAUCUCGAAUCAUCGUGCGACUUUUUAUUGGGGACAAGUGUAAGUGAUAUGCUAUAUUUUGAAAUCCCUAAAUAUGAUUACUACGAAAGAAAGAAAUCUGAGGCACUUCUUGCCUCCGUUGAUCAGCACACAAAUGAUAAAAAUAAAGUACUUUCGGAAGAGCCGGAAACAAUAACAGACUCAGAUAGUCAUAAAAAAGUUAUAAAAAUGUCAUCUGAAGAUGACAGUAUCCAACAAAGUAGCGAAAAUACUGCAUUCAACAAUAUACCAGUCCAAAAUUACCAUGAAAUUUGUGAUGCAGAAAACUUAUAUGCAUCUAAUUUAAUCAAGUUUGAGGAUCAAUAUCUGACAUCUGUUAUAGAUAAAAAUAUUACGUCAAGUGGUAAAGAUGUAAUAAGCUUAACUACCCGAAACAAUGACAAACAAUUACUUGAUAUUCCUGUUAAGACAAAUACUUCUAAUAUAAAGCUUAAUCCUACUUUGGAAAUUAAUGCCGAAAAUUGUGCGCCGAGCAAUACAGAAGAAAUCGAAAUGGAGUUCAAAGAAAUUUCUCAAAUCAACGAGUUUUCAAAAGAAUCAAUGCAUGAAAUGACGUUGGUUCAACCACAAAAAACAUAUAUUGACUUUUGCAAACCACCUAGUUAUAAUUAUAUAGAAAUACGAGAAGCUGAAUGUAUUCUUGCUCGAAUGGUUGCUUUGAAAGCUAAUAAGCAACAAAUCGAUUUUACAGAAAGUACCCAUGAUCAAUCCGCCGUAAACGAUGAACUAAAACUAAAUCCAGAAGAAGAUAUUGAACUCGACGUCAUUAAUAAAAGAAUGAUUGAACCUGAAGAUCUGGUUCUGCAAGAAUUUAGUGAUUCACUUGUGCCUGUGGUAUUCGGUGACGUAUCAGAAAUAUCUAAAAUGAUCGUGGAUAAAGAAACAGUUUUAAUAAAGUCGCAAAAGAAAGAUCUCGACGAUACUCAUAAAAAUACUACUACUGUGGCAUUAAUAGAAGAUACUGUAGAAGAUUUUGUCAUUAUAGAAAACUUGCAAAAUAUUAACACGAUUGACCAUGAAACUGAUAGUGCUCAGAAAUUUGAUAAAGAUCAAAACACUCCGGAGGCACUUGAUUUCGAGCACUCAUUUGAAGUAAUUGAAAUUGAGAAAGAUAUUUCUUGUGAAAUGAAAUGUUUGGAUGGGCAAUCCAUUUUAACUGGAAAAAGUGAAAUUUCGUCUAUAACAGACGAAAAUGACGCUUCCUCUUCAAAUAAAACUGUACAAGAAGAUUCGCGCAAAGAGGACGUGCAAGAAAGGGCUGAAUCACCAAAACCUGAAAACACAUCGCAAAGUAUCGUCUCUAAAAUCACCGAAACCGACAUUUCUUCUUCCGUGUGUAUGACUCAGCAUAUAGAUACGCAUGGACAGUCUAGUAACGUUACAAGUACGGGCCCAUACGUAGAUACAUCAACAGAUGUAUCGAGUGAUUUAGUAUCAGAUCAAUCUGUUCUAACCGAAACUGUAACCAAUAAUAAUACCCGACCCGAAAAAUCUCCAAUUCAUAGCUUACACGAUCUCCUUCCGGAAAUUGAUUCUAUACCUGAAUUUAAACCAUCCUUUUCAAACACAAUUCUAUUUUCAAAAUUGUCCGCCGACGCUCCUGAAUUUACACCUUCAUAUAUGUAUCAAACUGGUGACAACCAGUUCAUAUCGGACCGUGAAUCUGAAUGUAAACAGAUUAAUACUCCAAUACCAUCGCUAAGCAACACACAACAACUUUUACAAACAGAUGCGCCUCAAGCAGGUUUUACUGCAGUACCUGUUACAUACUCUUCAGUUCUUUUAUCCCAAAAAGAGAAAGUGGAAUCAGCUGACAUUAGUAAGGAACACCUUAGUAAGAUAUCAGAAAGCGUAAAAACUGAUGAUUCUAAUAUUGGAGAAAAUGUCGAUAAUAAAUCGAAACGCAACAAAAAGAAAAAAAAGAAAGAAGAUAAAAAAGAAGAUACUGUUGUUAAAUCACUUGAUGAUGUUGACAAUGUUCCUACGUCUGAUGAUCAUACACAUUUAUCUGAUAAAAUAAAUAUUUGGAGUAAAGCAAAAGACGAUGGUAAAUCGUACGCUGCAGUCUUAGCUGAAGGUCUUGAGGAGCGGAGAGAAUGUUUGCAAAACGAACAGAAUAUAAACCAAUUAUAUGUUAAGGAUCAAGGUGAAUUCGUUUUAGAUAAACCUGAGAGUCUUGAAAAAGAUAUUGAAUUUAUUACUAUUGAAUCUCCAACAGAAAUCGAAAACUAUGAAAUUUGUGGUUCGUGGGCAAAAGUCGUUGCAUCAAAUCGGCCUUCACCUGAAAGAACACAGAAAGAUAUCAUACAUUCUCAUGAAAACAAGGUAAUGACAAAACAAUCAAAAGCACCUGUAAUUCUGGUAGAUGAAUCUGAUUCUGACCACCAUAAGCCUGAGGUGGAAAUUGAUGCUGAAGGGUUUAUAACAGUUGACCGAAGUAGACGAUCACGAUCUAGAUCCAGAGAUGACCGUUUAACUAAUGUUUCGAAAACUUAUAAGAAAAAUGAUGCACGUGAACAAUCUGAAAAUAGAUUUAAUGCUCUUACAUGCACUUUGAAGCCCGACGAUUGUGAGCCUGUGCAAAGCAGUCAUUCGGAUGAAGAAAAAGAACUAACAAAGAAGGAAAGAAAGAGUCGAUCAUCAAAAUCUAGAGAAAAAGAAGUUAAAGUAAAAUUAGUUGAAUCAGCCGCAGGUACAACCGAUGAUUAUAAACAAACAGUAAAAAAAGAUAAAAGGAAAAGAUCUUCGAAGUCUAAAGAAAAGAUAAAUAAGGAAGUAGAAACAUUUGAAAUGACUGAGGCAUUAAAACAAAUAGUAGAAGCGGAAUCAAUUGAUGUUAAAAAAGAAGUUCAACAAAUUAUCCAACCGCUGCAAGAAGAAGCAGUAGAAAGUAAAAAGAAAGCGAAAAAGAAGAAGAAAGAGAAAAAACUAAUCAAAGAAACCAAUGACGCUCCAUCUCCUAUAGAAAUUAGUUCUUCUGAACAAGAAUCUUCGGAACAAAAACAUUAUACUGUAACAUCAAAAUGCAUCGAAACUCCUAUAUCGACUCCAGAAUCUUUGCAAACUCCUGUAAAAGAUAGAUUUUACUCUGAAGUCCAGUAUUGGAAAGUUGACCCUAAUACAUUAGAUGACUCCUCAACCUUAUCCGAGAUUCUUACCGUUGAAGUGGAGAAUAAUACUAAACUGGGACAUCCAAAUUUAGUAACUGAAGGGCAAUUAAAAGAAAACAAUGAAGUUAACAAAGGUAUCAAUAUAGAAAUAUUGGACAAAGGCUUUACUGAUAUGCCAACUGAAGUUAGUUAUUUAACAACGGAAACUUCUAAAGAAAAUAUUACCGAUGAACAAUCGUUGGAAAAUAAAAUGGCUGACUUACAAAGAGAGAUAGAAGAAAUGUUGCUUCCUGAAAAUGAUGCAUCUGUAACAAGUGAGGGAACACCAAAAGAACUUGCAGAGACGCAAAUAUCAUUGGACGAACAACAUGAUGAAAUAUUUGAAAAUAUUACUCCAUCUUUUGCCUCCCCCGAACCAGAAGAAAUUUAUCCUCAAAAUCAAGUUUUAGAAUUUACCUCGACUCUAACCGACCACGAAAUAUCAACAAAAGUUAUGCCUGUUGCAAAUCAUAGUAGCUUAAGCGAUGUAACAGUCACGGUUGCAGCGGAUAAUGAGAAACCCGCUGACAAACAUGUAGAAGGUGUAAAUUCCUUUACUACUAACAUUUCACCGACAACUACUACUAACAAUAUAACGGAUUUGAAAUUAGAUAAUUUCUGGGUCAGUAAAUCUAUUGCUGACGACGCGGAAAGGACAUUUGUUAGACAAACCCUUCUUAAUUUAAAUUCUUAUGUACCUUCUGAGGAAAUGCUUCAGUUAAAACCUGAUACAAAUUCGGAUCAACUUUUGUCAGAUGACAAUAAAAUGUUGAAUAACCUUAUAACAGACACGUUUUGGCCUGAGAAACAUUUGUAUCACGAUGCAGAAUGUGAAUAUUUUUCACAAAUUGCGCAAAAAACUAAAUUUAAAUUUAUUUCCAACGCUGAUAUUGAAGUCAAUGACAAAAGAGACAAGGACAAAGAUCCUGGUGGUGGAUCCGGUCACUCUUCUGACGUUGAUGAACCUCGAGAGUCUAGUGGUUCACCGUUCGAUUCUAAUUAUAUAUCUAUGGACUUACCAGGUGGCAUUUGUAGCUGGAAAGAUCAUAGUUCUUAUUUGAGCUUAGAAACGCCAACUGAUUCUUUGACUGGUAUAGUAAGCGAGGGUACGCCUCUAUUAGGUACCGACAUCCCAGAGGAUAAACUAACAAACCUAUCCCUAGAACCAGAUGCUUCCUUCCCACCCGUACAGGAGCCGACACCGGGAGAAGAUGAAAACCGGAUGACAGCCAAGGAUGACUUGUCUAAUAGUCUUGAAAUACUCCUGGAGGAAGUCAAAAUUGUACAAGCUCAGUUGUCGGAUCUUCCCAACGAAACACUGGACGCUAUGGAAGCGGGACUUAAGGAGGGAAUAGCAGUUCUUGUAAAGUGCGAGGAAGCAGCGAUUCUCUUAGAACAGAAGAUAAUGGAGUUCAAUCAAGAAGUAGAAGUUCAAGCAUUACUGAAAGAGCUUAUUGUAAUGAAGGCAAGGAUAUCAAAAUUGCUUAUUCAAGCAAGACAAGGCCUUCAUACCAUCAAGGACGCUAGAAUCGAAAUAGAAAAUCAAUCUAAACAAAUUGAAGAACAAAAAGAACAAAUAGGCAAACUCGACAGUUGGCUUGAUGCAAUAAAUACCGAACUUAAGGAAUCUGCUAAAGAUACAGAUAUUCUCACUGAAGAAGAUAUAAUAAGAUUUAUUGAAAUUUAUGAACGAUAUCUGAAAGAAUACGAAAAAUAUGAAAUUAUUCUUCGAUCAAUAACUGUGAUAAGUCAUGAUGAAUCUAGUCAAUCAAUGCAAAUCAAAAUAAAUGCUUUAAGAAAAGCAUUAGAAGAAUCAAAACAUCUAGUCAUUUCUGAAAUAGAAAGAUUGAGACAAAUAUUACUCAAUAUGAAAUUUACCCCCGAAGUAGUUGAGGAAGAAAUUUCUCAAACGGAUAGAACAAUUGACUCUACAUCAAUGCCAGAAGAAGUUGCUUCUUCGGAGGAAAUUAAACCAAUCGGACUAGUUCCAACUCAAACAUCCAUUGGAACUUCAAUAGUUCCUGAUAGGCCUACCAGCCUAGAAACUGAAGACCGAAUUUUCGUUGAUACUAAAGUAGAAGUAAAAAUGACUCCAAAUAUUGAGGAAGUAAAAAAUACUGGUGUAAAAGAAUCACAGACAGGAAAAAGCUUGAUAUCAGAUCCACCAUCCAUGCAUGAUAAAUCUAUAAUCUGUCAACCGCAAAUAAUAGCAACUCAUGAUGUUUCUUUAACGUGCGCACCACCACAAGAUGUCGAAGUACAAACGAGCGAACCAAAAUCUCAUGAAGAAGAGUUCUUAGAGAAUAUUCAAGUUACGCAAAAUAUUUCUGAUGGGCAUGAAACUAUUGUUAUCUCUAGUAAACCGGUGGUCAGAGAUCAACAUGUCGAUGACCAUUCACUUCUUGUUGAUGCUGAUUAUAGAGAUGAUUACCUAAGUAAGAACUCUCAGCUGAAUAUAACACACAGCUUGCCACAAGCGUUUGAAACUGUAAUGGUAGAACCUGAUGAAACUACAACCGAGGUAAUUGUAGAUGCAGACGGCACUAAGAGAAUCAUUGUGAAGAAAAUAAGAAAAACGUUAGUUACAAGACAACAAACUGUACAAAUGAAACCACAUGAUUCUCAAAUAAUGUCUGGUGAAGAAGGGGCCUUGCAAGAACGAUCGUUCCAACAAAUAAUAUUAAAAGAAGAUAAAGGAUCUUCUUCCACUACCUUAGGUGACGGUAGAAUCCAAAACGUUCAAUAUCAAACAUAUGGAGGUCAAGUUAUAACAGGUCUUCCAGGAAGAGAAAUGACGAUACAAGAAAUUACCUCCAAACCAGAAAUGGUCAUCAGUAUGGAAAAGGGAAUGAGUCCAGAUCAAAUUCUUCAAGUAGCGGAAGGAGAAGUACAACCACAGGUUCAAACUUCAUCAUCUAGUGUAACAGCAGUCGUAGAACAAGUUACUAAAAGAAUUAUCAAAACAAGACGACGAAUCAUUCGUCGUGUAGUUAUUAUUGACGGUAAAGAACACGUAAGCGAAGAGAUUGUUGAGGAACCCGAUACUGUCGAAGUUCUUGAAGAACAAAUACCUAAAGUGUCUAUUAAUGUAAAGGAAACCAAUAUGCCUAUUGAAAAAGAUGAUUCAUCUGAUCACAAUAAUCAAUCACCACAGUUAACCCAUGAUUCAAAUGAAAAAGAAAAACCUUUAAAAGAUAAAACACAAGAUGGUAAAUGUACAGAUAAAUCAGAUUUGCCUGAAGAGGUUAUGACAACUACAAGCCGAGAUCUACAUAGCUUAACAAAACAAAACGACCCUGAACACAGCGAUACCAAUCAAGAAUACAUUCAAAGUCAACUGGGAGCAUUAGAAAGAGAAACUGUACCGAUUUCAACGUUUCUUACACCUGAAAAUAUUUGUUUAGAACCACAGCAGUGCGUGUUUGAACAGGUAGAUUCCCAAAGUAAGCUAUCUGCAAUGCCAACAGGAGAACAAUUCACACAGUCAGAAGCAAUGUCAUCUCAUUUUGCUUCGGUCACUCAAACAGUUACAAGAAAAAUCACAAGAACAAGAAAACGUAUAAUAAAACAUAUCGAAAUAAUUGAUGGUAAAGAAAAUAUUACAGAAGAAAUAAUCGAAGAACCAGAUGAUGUUGAAAUUAUCGAAGAAGAACCUAAAAUAACGCAUCAAUGUCUUGAUCAGGGUAUCAAAAUUAAAAAAUUCAAAAUUAUUAGACAGGUUCAAAUGAUUGACGGCAAAGAACAUGUAACUGAACAAAUUAUUGAGGAAAGCGAUGAUACGGAUAAUUCUGAACCACAGAUUAUAACAAAAUCUUAUAUUGAGGUAUGUGAUAAAGAUAAACCAACCGAACUAGAACAAGAUGAAAUAAUAAUGAUGAAAAAUGAACCUGAAGAUCUUAUUGACACGACGAAUCGCCUAAUUAGUAGUGAAACCGAUCACACCAUAGCCACGAAAACCUCACCAGUUAAGUUACUUGAACAUAGUGUAAAAUCAGAAAUGCAAAAUAAUGAAUUAUUGAAAUAUACGAAGGACGUAAAAGACAAAAAAGAUGAAAAUAUACCGGAAAUAAAUAUACCAGUUAAGUCUACUUCACACAAAAUCGAAAAUAUAAGCAAAGUAAAAGAAAUAGACCAAAAAUUAGUGACAGUUCAGUUAGGUAAUACAAUAGAAGUGCCUCAAUCACUUUAUUUAACUUUAGCAGAAACAGAAAAAACAGGCAGCAAUGACGAUCCUACUGCAGAUACUACUCAAAAAUUAUCCAACACUAAUGAAAAAGAAAAAGCAUUAGAUUUGGAUUAUAAAUCGUUUAUAAAGACUGAUAAAAUUUCGUCACUACCUUCUACGUUGCAUCAACACGAAAUUCAACCUGGAGAUCCAACUGAGGAAUCUUCAACAAAUCUGUCUGACGAUAUUGAAAAAGCUAAACCUGAAACACUAAGUACAGUUGCAUUCCUUCAAAUUAAUAAUACAGACGUUAUUACAAGUAAACCCACAACCAAAAUAAUUAAGACUAGAACUCGUGUCAUAAAACAUAUUCAAAUAAUCGAUGGUAAAGAACAUGUUAAAGAAGAAAUUGUAGAGGAGCCUGAAGAAGUUGAAUUAUUCGUAAACGAUCCUAAAACCUACGUUGUUCAAGAAGAAGGAGUUAAAACAAAACGUUUAAGAAUAAUAAGAAAUAUCCAAAUAAUUGAUGGCAAAGAACAUGUGACUGAAAAAGUAUUGGAAGACCCUGACUGUGAAUAUAUGCCUGAUUCUACAGUUACAGCGAAUAUUGAUCUUCAUGUCAGUCAAUCAACGAAAUCACAUUUAGAUUCAAAUAUUAAUAACAAAAAUGAACAAGACCAACAACAGAGAAUGUUAGAAGAAACAAUAUUGACCACAGAUCAACAGAAAGACAUUUCUUCAAUCGACAUUUCUAAAAGUUUUAUUGACCGUGAAAUAGAUCACGCUGAUAUAGUACGAAAGCCGUCAUUAUCUAAUAAUGAACAAACAGAGAGAGAUAAGGUAUUAGUAGCUAAAUCGCCGACAGAUUUAAAUAAAGAAAUUACAAGCCAACCCAAAGUGAAUCCCGAAAAUACGAAAGAUAUUCCCUCUUUUACUAUUGAUAAAACAACUUAUCCAGAAGUCUCGAGACUUAAAGAAGAGCAGCAAACAGAUGAAAUUCAAUAUACCUCUCCUAUAAUAACUUCCCCUGUGUAUACUUCACCGAAAACUGUUAUAAUGGGCGUCGAAGAUAAUUCACCUAAAGAUGAUAAAACUGUAGUGCUAGACGAACCAAAAGAAUCAACAUCUGCACUUGCUGCAACUUCUAAACAUGAAAAAUUAUCUACCCAAAACAAAAAUGCAAGUAAAGACGAAUCUCAAAAGGCUACCUUAAUGGAUAUUACAAAAGCUUUACUUUCUAGUGAAAUUGAUCACACUGCAAUGGUUAAUAGAUUUAAGAGCGAAGGGGAAGAAAGUAAGAUAAAGUCUGAAAAAGAUUUCAUUUUAGAAACCUCUCAAAAUAAAACAGAAACAACAAGUGAUCUUACGGAAACGGUUAUUCCUGGUUAUCAUAUAAUUGAAGCAAAACAUGAAGCAGGAAGUGAAGAGGAGACUGUUACAAAUAAAACCAUAUUGAUUCACUCCGAAAUAGGUGACUUAGAUUUAAUGAAUAUUCCCAAAGACCAUAAUCCUAGCCCUAAUGUGGAAUCCUCACAAAUAAAAUCUAAACACGAUAUGACAUUGGAAAAAAGUAAAUUAGAUCACGUAAUAAUAAAAGAAGAUAACACAAGUGUAAAACAACCUUUCGAGCACGUAACAACAAUUCCAAAAGAAAAAGAAUUAACACAGAUGAAUACUCUGGAAAGUGAAACCUAUAGUGAUCUUGGUCAGAUUAAAAGUGAAGUAACAUUAAAAGAAGCACAAAGAGCAGAUCUACAAACUUCAAAUGCUAAAGGUCGAAAAGAAAUUGAUUUGACUUUUAGUAAAAGCGGACCUAACACUGUUAAUGAAUCAAUUAAGAAUCCAGAUAAUAUUGUUAUAACGCAUGAUCAAGACGUGAAGUCAAGUCUAAUAAAAAUUGUCAAACAAGCAGACUCCAUUGAUGAUCAAGAAAUUAUUACAGGACAUAUUAAAAGAAAAGAAGACAAUGACUGUCUUCCUGAAUCUACUGUGACUACUCAAAUAGAUGUUUCGACAAGCAAACCUGAUACAAUAGCCGAAGAUAAACUUAUGAAAGGUACCAGUAAAGGAUUCAAUGCUAAAGCAGAUAAGUCAGUUCUUGACAUCACAAAAGAAUUGAUUGACAAAGAAACGGGCCAUACGUCGCAGUUUUCAACUUCACAAAAGAAAGGCUUACAGAAGACUACAUUAGAAGAAACAAAAAAAGAUAUGAAAGACGAUGACAAAAUUUACAGUGAAAAAAUAGACCCUAAUACCAGAUCGUCACAACCAGGUAGUGCUACUUUAUCAGAUGUAAAUAAUCCAUUAAGUAAAAUUUCCAAAACCAUUAAGUCUUCAAGUACUCCUGACAGUACACAUAUAGACCAGCCUAGUCAGGAGUACUUGCCUGUCACUGAUAGUGUAGUAAUUGACCGCAAAUUUGAUUCAAUUACAAAAACAGAAUCAGAAGAACCUUUAAAACAAAAUACCAACAAAGAACAACCAACUAGUCACAUAAUUGUAGAUAAAGCAAUAACGCAAUCUUCGGUUGGCGUUCAACCGCUUUAUGCAGAAUCGAUCGUGCCUGAAUCACAUUCAGCUGCUCAGCCAACAACAUCAGAUCUAUCUUAUAUUGAGCAAUUUGAUCCUCAAACUCUAUUAUACGAUGACACAAAUAUUUUAAAACAAACAUUAGUUCCAAAUGAAACUAUUUCAAAAUCAGAUCAAACGCCUAUAUCCAAUGCCAAACACAAAGUUAUUGCGUUUAUUGAACAAGAACGUAAUGAUACGCACUUAAGCAACUUAAGUGCGUUUGAGAAAAGGCAAGGAACACAAACAACUGAUUCUAAAGCAAUGCUUCCCAAAACAAUUGAUAUUAACAUGUCAAUUGAAAAGACUGAUACAAGAAGUAAAAUUGUACCAAACAUACAGCUAAAUCUAAAAGUCGAGGACUAUGAAUCUCAAAAUCCUUUUGUAGCAAAAAAAGAUGUUGACAUCAGUCUUCCAGCAGAAAUAAAAAUUACGAAUGAACCUAGGAAUGAAUGCUCUGCUAAUGAAAACCUUACUACGGACGCCUUAACAGUGCAAUCAAUUUGUGCGGACAUAUUACCUGAAGAAAAAGAAAAGGUUCGCAAGAAAUCUAAAAAGAACAAAAAACAAAAACGUUCUUCAGAGUGUAGUGACUCCUUUGAAACUGACGUACAUACAGAUACGGACAAAACAAUUAUUGAUACAGAAAGCUCGUCAUUAGGUCAUUAUGUCGAACUCCCUGUGUCGCCUCUUAUCGAAUCUCCAAAACCAAGUAAAAAUCUAUUACAACAAAGUACUGUAGCAGAAGUAGAAGCUGCACCGUCGUCCGUAGAAUCUGAAUCUACUGCCGAAAAUAAGGGGUAUGAGCCCGACGAUACAACGACAUGUUCUAAUACUGCACCUGGUAAAAGGAAACGUCACAAAAAGCGCAAAGCUCGUGGAUUAAGUGAUGAUACGAUAUAUCCUAAGCAGAGUAGUACAGAAGAUGAUACGCUAGCUUCUACGUCAAUUGGAACAGAUGAGGAUACAAAGAAAAUUAAAGAUGCUGAUAAAAAAGAAAAGAAAGACGUCAUUGAAUCUAAUGCGAUAAGUACAGAUAUUGAACCCACAAUAAAUCCUGUAGUGGGUGAAAUAGUUCUUAGUGAAACUAUUUCAACUUCGCCUAAAGAAGAGUCAUGUCAGACAAUCAGCGAAGCUUCGGACUUGAGCACUGUAAAAAUAGUGGAAGAGUGCGUCGGUAGCAGCCCAGAAAUGGUGCAGACCGAAAUACCUACAACUGUAACAUAUCCUAUACGAGUAGUUGAAGAAGUCUUAACACAAGAAUAUUCUGUGCAAACAUCGCCUGACAUGAUAAAUGAUUCAGCGAUACCCGAAAUAGAAAGUAAAAUCGAACCUUUUACAGUAAAAACAACUGAUAGUGAGCUACAAACAUCUCCUACUUCUGUUGGUAACAGUUAUGUACAGACAAUGCCAAAAGAAGAUAAAGAAGCCCAUACUCAAACUGUCGCAGAUAACGUUCUACCAGAUAAAGUAGAAGUGCAAGAUUCGCAGAUUCAAACGAGUGGACUAAACUCACCAGACGACGUCUUGCAGGCAGAAGCUGUAACCCAAGUUGUUCCACGUGAUAUUAACUAUUUUGAAGAGAAAUUUUCUCAAACGUCUUCACCCAUCACUGAAUUAAGAAAAGAAGCAGAACCAUUAGUAGAAUUAGAAUGUCGUGAAAUACAAACUUCACCAACGCCACAAAUUCAACAAGAUGAAAAAAGUACUGAAAUUAUUAUCGACACUGCAGACUCUAAUAUCCAAACUAUUAAGCAAGAAAAUAUCGAUAAAGAAACAUCCACUUCUCCUAUAAGAGUAAAAGAUUCUACAGAAAUUAGUGUUCAAACGCCACAUGUUUCUUAUGUUAAUGUAUUUACUCAGUCUGAAGAAGAUAUAUCCAAAAUUGAUUCCAAACAAAAAUCAAACGAGGAAAUGCCUCAUACAUCAGAGUAUGAUUCCGAGAAAGACGAAAAAAUUCUCAUUGAUAACUCACAACAAACAACUCCUAGAUCAGUGGAUUCAGUUGGCCUUAAAAUUGACAACACACAACAGACUUCUCCAAGGCUUACACGUACGUCUUCACAGUCACAAAAUGCAGAAAUAGAAAGCGUUUCUACUGAUAAGAUUCAGCAAACUACACCUAGAUCUUGUUCUGAAAAUACUAUUAUAGAUAUAAAGAGAGAAUUAAAAACUGUAGACAGUAUGCUUCAGACAUCUCCACUUGCAUAUUCUGAUGAUUCAAUAUCAACUUCUACAGAUGAUCCUUACGAAAUUCACCUUAGAGCACAAAUUUCUAUCCCUCAAGUAACAGAUGAUUUUAUUAACAUUGAACGUCAAAUUCAAGAAUCUGCUCAAUCCAUUAUAGGUGAUAAAUCAAAACAAAAGAAAAGACGUUCCAAAAAGAAAGCAGAAUCGCCUUUACAAUCACCUGGUAGUCUUUCAGAUCCUAUUAAUGCUGAACUUUCUCUAUCAGUAACCCCAACAAGUGAAGAUAUAUCUAGUAGACAAACCGAUUCUGUAGAUAAAGGAAUAUCUCAUAUUGCAAGUCAGACCUUACCAACUAUACAUCAAUUAGCUACACAGCCUAAACUCACGUAUUCUGAUGUCGUACAAAGAUCCAAAUCUAAAUCUCCUUCACCUAGUAAAAGUGUUCUUCCGUCACGAAAAUCUGAAAAAGCUAGACUUAUUGAUUCUGUUGAAAAACGCACACAAUCUAUAGCUGAACCUCAGAAAAACAUAGGAGAAACAAUGGCCGUAUCCUUAAUUGAGCCAUCAAUGGAAAAAUCUUAUGCACUUGUAGUUGAUAAAGAAUUAAAUAAACUGAGGCAAUCAGUGGAACUCAAUGAUACAAAUAAGUUGGAAAAAAGCGUUAUUAUUGUGAUUGAAACCAUUUCAAUUUGGUUAGAAGAAAUACAACACAAAAUACAGAUAGAAACUGUUACUGGAACUAAAGUAACUGACAAAUCUGAACGUUUGACAGACCUACUAAACUAUAUCCGCGAUCUCAAACAAAUAAUUUAUGUUACUGAAGUAAAUGAAGAAAUAAUAACUUUAAUUGAGACUUUAACGCGACAAGUGGACGCGGUCAAUAAUUUAAGUAAUCAAAGUUCGGUAAAAGUCAAAGAAAUAGAGAAAGAAUGGAACAAAUUUUUAGACGACACUGAAAUUUUAAGCCUAUCAAUUGAAAAAGUAAAAUCGCGUCUCGAUAAAAUAAUUGUAUUAGAGUUAUCAGCGCAACAAAAACUUGAUGAACUCGAUGAAAUUGAAACAGAAAACAUCGACAACACAGAUAUUGUUAGAAAAAUGUUCCGAAGAUUCCGAAGUAUCGUAGAAGCAAAUCCUAAAAGAGAAUGUCCUACAAAAUUAUAUACUUGUGACGAAAACACCAAACAAAUUGAAAACUCUGUCAACACUGAAAGAGACCGUCUAAUGCAACUAUUGUCAUUAGCCGAGGAAUAUGAACAAACAUUACAAGAUUUUGGUCAAAUAACAGAUGUAGCAGAAGCAUUGUUAGACGGAAAAAUUAUUGUAUCUGACUUAGACCACCUCCAUGAAGAAAUCCAAAAGCACAGAAAAUUCUUUGUAAACUUGAGUCAUUGCAGAGCCAUUCUUGAAUCUUUAGAAGACAAUUUAGAUAGUGAAACUAGAGCUAAAUUUUCAUCGCUUCACAAUUCUCUCCACGAUAGAGCUACUAAAAUAAUAGACAGAGCUGCAGGACGUGCUCAACAAAUGACUUUAGCGGCUUCUAGAUGGAGUAUUUUAGAUAAUGGCAUGAAAGAAGAACAACAAUGGCUCCGAGUAGCUCAUCAAAGAAUUCCUGACCUUACAAACGUAACAUCUAUGGAUCAUGAGCAGUAUAUUAACCUCUAUCAGUCCAUUAGCUUAGAUGUGUCACACCAUUAUGCAAAAAUAUUGCGUCUACUAUCUAUAGCCGAAAGCUUACAACACCUUAUUACUUGCUCUGGGCUAGAGUCUGUGUGCUCUAUAGCGCUCGAUACUUUGUUGACUCUCCAAGAUGAUGUCGAUUCAAGGUUAACAAGAUUAAGAGCCUUUAAAGAAAAUUGGGUAACAUAUGAACAUCUUAUUGACAGGGUAGAAAAUUGGAUGAAGCUGGCAAACAGAGAAUUGGAAAAUAUAACGCCAGAAAAUAUAACAACUACACCAAACUUACGACGAUUUUGGGAACUAAAAGCUCAGCAUGAAGUACACCACAAUCUCAAAAAUGAAUCUGGAAUUCAGUUUGAGAAAGCGCUAGAAAUAUUACCAAUAUCUGAUGAAAUGGUUCAGCGUCAAUUCUUUUUGAAGAUAGAAGAUAAAUGGCAAAACUUGGCGGCAAGGAUUGACGAUUUGCAUACUACAGCUAUACAGAAUAUUUCAGAUCGUGAUGUGUCUUCCGGUGAAAAACUACACAUUUUAGAAGAAGAAUUAAGAGAAUUGAGAGCCUCAUUAGACGGCCUCAAAGGUGUUAUUAAAAGCGAAGAUGAACUUAAUUUGUACAUAGAAAGAUUACAAGUAAUGACUGGUCGCAUAGAUAGAAUACAAAAUGAACUUGGAAGAUUAAGCUUACUGCCUACAGCAGAAUCAGACCGCUUAGGUGCACUUUUAAGUCAAUCGGGAAUAUUAAAUGAUCAAAUAGCGGAAGAACUAGAGAGAAGUUUAAUUUUGAAGGAGAAAAUUAUGCAAGUGCAGGCUGGCAUCGUUCGAUGUCAGAAGAAUCAGCGCCGUGCUCGAUUAACCUUAGAGGAAUGCGAGUCAGCCGAAAGACUUGGGAGUGACGUUGUAGAACGGGCAUCUGAGACCUGUCAAAGAUUGUUAGAGGAUCUGGCAACGCAGUGGCAGGAUAUUUUAACUCUACGACAAGCGCUUCACACUCUUCCGAUAAGUCUUCGAGUGUGUGUAUCACCUACAGGUGUGGAGAGGGAUAUCUCAGCUUUACAAGAAACUCAUGCCGAAAUCGAAGCAGCUUGCAAUGAUCUAUGCGCUCGACUCCGUGCUAAGCUUCAGCUUUGGAAAAGAUACGAAAGACAGCUAGAACUAGUUCAAGGUGCUGUCAGAGAAGCCGACUACAUGGUAGAGCUGCUGACCGUCCAAGGCCAAGUUGACUACGAUCGUUUGCUGAAGGCUACAGAAAAGCUUGAGACGCUGAGCGAGUCCCUUUCGAGGAGGAGCGGAGAGCUGGUGGGCGAGCUGCGAGAGGCCGCGGCGCCGCUGGCGGCCGGUGCCGAGCCCGCCGUGGCCGCGCAGCUGCGCAGGGAACUCGACGACGCAGCCGCCGCCUACCAACACACCUGUACCAACUUGACACAAAUGUGCGACAAGUACCAGCGCGCGGUGGAGCUGUGGCGGCGCUACCGCGAGGCGGCGGGCGCGCUGCGCGCCUUCGCGCUCGCGCAGGAGGCGCGCCUGCACGCGCUGCGCCCCGCACACGCGCCCGCACUCGCUCGCGCAUGUCUAGAGCAAGAAGCGAGAGUAGCCGAGCUACGUUCGCUUGCUGCUCAGGUGGCAGCAGAGACUGGAUCUCGGGCGCUGCAAGCGGAUGCCGACGCCCUAGCCAGGAGGCUACAGUUGGUGGCUGGUGCUGUUCAGGCCCUGGCAGACCUAGGCGAAGCACGACAGCUUGCAAGAGCUAAAGCCCAAAACGCAAAAGAUAAACUUUGCGAUAUGAGACAGGAUUUGGCUCCAGUAGAAGAAGAUGGUGAAAUAGUAGAACACAAAUUGAUCUCCCUUCGAGAUAAUUUGAUUGCUCUUGGAAAGAGCGAGGCAGAUAUAGCUCCCGCUAAAGCACAACUACCUGAUAUCGACAGAGACGUUUCUGAGGAGCAUUCUAUAGUUAGAAUACUAGAAUUAUGGCAGGCCAUGUUCAGAGAUACGUUCUUACAUUACCACCGUUUAUCCACUGCUCUAGUCAGGUCGGGAGAUGCUGCCACGGCUUUUAAAUUGUGGCACGAAUACUUACUAGACCUUCAAUCCUUCCUCUCUGGCUCCUUACCAGCCGAUUAUGAAAACUUGACAGAACAUCGCAGGUUGUGUCGUGUUCACAGGAACUUGUUAGCCUCGCAAAGAUCAGUCCUUAUGAACGAGAACAAGGAAACAAAUAAUAGAGAUUUAGCAGACAAAUUUGACACACUUACAAAUCUUCAUAAUGAAACACUCGCGAGGAUCGUGGAAAGACACGAUGAAGUAUGUACCAGGAUUGCCGCCUGGGACGACUACAGAGAAAUUUACACAGAGCUCCUACGUUGGUUGAAAGAAAUGGAAAGAGAGAAGGAAAAGUUGCAACUUAGAUACGUUCACAUAAAGAGAAUACACAAAAUACUAUCAAAGAUACAGAAUCUCUAUGACAAGCUACCCGAAGGCCGUAAGUUUGCGGAUAAAUUGUCAGUAUACCUGAAGAGAGUGUUAGCCUUCACAGAGGAAACAUAUGGAGCGUCGGUGAGGAUGGAAUACGCUGGAAUAGUGAAGAGAGUUGACAAUUUGCAAGCUAGUCUUGACACAUGGCGUGAUUUCUUGACUCGAAUACUGGGACUUAUCGGUGAAUACGAAAGUUUGACUGGUAAUUUACAUAAACUUUACUCAAGAACGCAGGAUGAAGUCAUGUCUUACUCUGACGAGGAUCGUUUGUCGCGACCGCAAAUCAAAAAAGCAAUUGAAAAAUACUCAGAGUUGAGAAAGAAAAUUGAUAAGACUGAAAAUCAAAUAGAAGCUCUCAGUGUCAUCCAAGAACAAUUAAAGGAGUGUCUGAGUCCUCAGGAUAUAAGAAUCGUAAACCAAAAAGUCUGGCAGAUGCGACAACAACGAGCAGACUUAGAGCAUCAGUUAUCUAUUAUAAUACACAGGCUUCAAGAGAGGUUAGAAAUCUACACGAUAUUCGAUUCAAGGAUAUCAAGAUUCUCAGAAUGGAUGACAACACUCGAAUCACGACUUGAAAGUUCCAGCUCAAGCAGUGAAGUGAGCGCAUUAGACCCUCAAGACCUUAUUAGAAGAAUUAAUUCGGAAAUCCAAGCAGAGACUGCUCUUAAAGAACGCGAAUAUGAGUGGCUAGCUCAGACAGGCAGCUCUCUAAUCGAUAUGUCUAAGAAAGACGAAAAAUCCUACAGCAAAAACACCUCUAAACAACUGAAAGACGUACAGGAACGUUGGCAGAAGCUACAAGAGACAGGCCGUAGUAGAAUCGCUAAGAUAAACGAACUUCUUGAAACUAUUUCACAACUGGAGGAGCGUUUAACGGAAAUAAGACUAAAACUACACUCCAUAGAAUCUAAACUCUCAGCGUCAGUCGUCAUCGAACAUCUGACGACAAAAGCCGUUGAUGAGAAAUUCCAAGAUCGUGACGAAAUACACAAGAACAUUGAGGAUGAAAGCAGCGAGGUCGGUGAAACUCUGAACCUCUGUGAACUUGUUUUUAAUGAUCCCGAUGUUCUCAAAGGAAACUUCGAUUUACGAAAUCUGCGUACCGGCGUUGAUAUAGUCGACAAGAAAUGGAAAAACAUUUGCGAGAUGUCCGAACAGCGCAAGAAUGCUCUGAAGGAAAUCCGCAAGUCGGCUGAACUAGCAAACUCUCUCCUUCCAAAAGUAGAUAAGAAACUGGAUUCGAUUGAAAAAAGAGUGGAGAAAGUUGAAAUACGAAAGCAACGUGGUGAAUCUGAUGACGAUAGUGUUUCAAAGGCUGUUAUAAAAGAUUUAGACGCACUCGAGGAAGACGUAAAGCGUUUAGAAGAUGCAUAUAGCCGUAUAGCAUCUGCUCGUGGUAUAGAGAUGCGGGGAGAAGGGGCAGAUCAUACUGGCCGUUUAAGAGCGGCUGUUCGCCGCUGGCAACAACUAAGGGUGCGUGUUAACGCGGUAGGCACUGACUUACAACGGCAGUUUGUGGCAGCACACGGAAAAGCAGUUGUCGCAUUGGCUGAGGCUGAUGUACGUCUUACUAGAGCCUUACAUCUAGCUCCAACUCCAUUAGAUCUGGAGGCAACCUUUAAAGAAUUGGAUGGCGUUGAGCAAGAAGUCCGCGAAUGCGAGGCCUUGGUGAAAGAGGCUGAUAGACUAGAAGCUGCAUUAGGAGGAGUGGGAGGAACGGACGCACUUGCCAGCGAGUACCGUACGCUGCUCGCUGACGUCACCACACGGCUGCAACUUGCUCGCCAAUCCAUAGUCGCCGACGUCGAUACCGCCGUCCAGGUUGAUACACUUAAAUGGGAAACAGACGCGGCUCUCCAAGUGGACACAUUGACAUCCAAAGAGACAUACCGCGUUGAACUAGCUGCCGCUGUAAAAGAAACAUCAGAGUCACUAGAAGCACUUAGAACGGCUUUGAUGCACGAACUUAAAGACAAUGCUAGUGGUGAUGAACUGGCUACUGCCGCUAAAGAAAUAGCUAAAGCCGGCGCUAAACCCGGACAAACUCUGGAGUUGGCCAAACAUUUGUCCGAGUUACUCCUGACGGAAUGUGACGCGACAGAGGAAGAGGCAAUGCUUAAAGAAGUUGAGUCACUCUCCAUGAGAUAUGAGGACCUCCUGACCCAAGCGAAGAAACGCGAACUGCAGAUCAACAAUUUGAGGUUGCCCCACUCAGCGUCAUACGCUCUCACGUGCGAACAUGAAUCCGGUCGGUUGACGUGUCCCUUGUGCUCGGACCGCAACUGGAAACAGCUGGACAAUGAUUUAUGGCGGCUGGAGCAAUGGUUGCAAUUCGCUGAAGCUACUGACGAAGCUAGAACCGAUCCCCCAGAACAAUACGACGCUUUAGAAGACGCUAUACAGGACCACCGCGAAUUCCUGCUGGACCUGGACUCGCACAAGGCGCUGGUGGUGUCGCUGAACGUGGUGGGCGCGCACGUGGCACGCCACGCGCGCUCCGCCGCCGCCGGGGAGCGCGCGCGCGCCCGCCUCGCCGCCGCCAACGCGCGCUGGGACGCCGCCUGCGCGCGCGCCGCCGACUGGCAGCGCCGGCUGCAGCGCGCGCUCGUGCACAACCAGCAGUUCCACGACAUCGUGGUGGAGCUGGUGAGCCAGCUGUCGGGCGCCGAGCGCUGUGUGCGGGCGCGCGAGCCGCUGCGGCUGCGGCGGCCGGCGGACGAGCUGCGGCGCGACUUCCGGCGCUUCAGCGAGCUGCGCGACGAGCUGGCGCGCGCCGAGCCCAGGGUGCAGGCGCUGCGGGACGCUGCCGGCCUGCUGCAGGGCCUCGACUCGCAGGACGUCUGCCGCAGACUGGGCGAGUUGCGGUUGCGGCUGCAGUCGCUGCGCAAGCUGGCGGGCGUGUACGCGCUCAAGCUGGGCGCCGCGCUGGCGCACCACCCCGCCGCCGGCCUGGCCGCCGUGGCCGCUGCUGCCGCCCCUCAGCUUUUGGAGGAGGAGGAGGAACAGAUGUCGUCCCUGAACCUGCCGCCUCUCGACGAGUCAGACGUGGCACUGAGUGAAGAGAACGAGGAGCAGUCGCUGGGGCGCGUGCAGCGCGGGCUGCGCUUCGUGUGCCGCGUGGCGCGCGCGUCGCUGCCGUUCCAGGCGCUGCUGCUGCUGCUGCUGGGCGCCGCCACGCUGGUGCCCCACGCGCACUCCGACUGCCGCCCGCCCGGCCUGGCUCUCGAACCCGUGCUGCGCUAUCCUGACGGACCGCCCCCCUUAUAA